GUGGAACCUCCCCAUAGUGUGUGAGCAGCCAUCGCCCCCAGCUAGGAUCCUAAAUCUGGUGUACAGUGCAUUGUGCGUGGGGCUGGGAGUCAUUAGAACGCCAGGAUCAUUUUCCAGGGAAGCACAGCAGAGGAUUAUUGAAGCCAGAUUUGGGGGACUGAGCUGCUGUGUUGCAAUGAAGUGGACCCUGGUGAAGCAGAACGAGGGGACAAGAGAUACUCUCUGAGCUAACCACCCUCUACAGGGUACAUGCAGCCUGGAUUUACCACCUGGAGGGGCAGAAUGAGGGGUACCUGACACAGGUAUAUUCCUGACUGUUAAAAACCCAAGGGCUACAAGAGGAUAAGAAACGUCCCUUCUUGACAAGAGUUGAGGUAAGCAUCUCUUGCCUUGCUGAUAACGUAUUAGUGCAGGAGCACUGAUCUCCCCCCAAGCUGUCUUUAUAUUGCCCCUGUCGGAGGUAUUUCAAUGACAGAUAUCUUAAUUCAUGCAUUCAUUGCUACAUUGUUACAUAGUAAUCUAUGUUAACCUAUUGCUAUUUAGGUUCCUGAGAUAGCAUAUACCGUAUGUAUAUAAACUGUGUUUAGAUUUUACAGCUAUGACUAAUUCGGAUCUAUCAGUGAGAAGUGGAAAAACCCUGAAUGGUCUGGUUGGCAGUGCCAGUGUUUCCAGUGCUGGGCAGAUGUGUGGAGUGCUGGGCAUUAGGGGUGAAGAUCUGUGUGGGUGCAGUUGGGUGAAGUUAUGAGUUUCAGCAGUGGGAAGUUGGAGUGGUGUGCUGUGCAGUUGUGAUGUAGUAGCGGUCAGCUGGGGGCAGUUAUCGAUAGCUGGUGUAGGGCUGAAAAUGUGGGAUACAAUUUGGGGCAUUUGUUAUGCUGUGAUUGGCAUUUUGAUCCAGUUUCAGGCAGUUAAAAUGGAGUGCAGUGGUUGGCAUUUUAAUUCAGUGUUGGGCAAUUAGAAUGGAGUGCAGUGGUGGCAGUUGUUAUGCAGUGACUGGCAUUUUGAUUCAGUAUUGGGCAGUUAGAAUGGAGUGCAGUGGUUGGCAUUUUAAUUCAGUGUUGGGCAGUUAGAAUGGAGUGCAGUGGUGGCAGUUGUUAUGCACUGACUGGCAUUUUGAUUCAGUAUUGGGCAGUUAGAAUGGAGUGCAGUGGUUGGCAUUUUAAUUCAGUGUUGGGCAAUUAGAAUGGAGUGCAGUGGUGGCAGUUGUUAUGCAGUGACUGGCAUUUUGAUUCAGUAUUGGGCAGUUAGAAUGGAGUGCAGUGGUUGGCAUUUUAAUUCAGUGUUGGGCAGUUAGAAUGGAGUGCAGUGGUGGCAGUUGUUAUGCAGUGACUGGCAUUUUGAUUCAGUAUUGGGCAGUUAGAAUGGAGUGCAGUGGUUGGCAUUUUAAUUCAGUGUUGGGCAAUUAGAAUGGAGUGCAGUGGUGGCAGUUGUUAUGCAGAGACUGGCAUUUUGAUUCAGUAUUGGGCAGUUAGAAUGGAGUGCAGUGGUUGGCAUUUUAAUUCAGUCUUGGGCAAUUAGAAUGGAGUGCAGUGGUGGCAGUUGUCAUGCAGUGGCUGGCAUUUUGAUUUAAUGUUGGGCAAUUGGAAUGGUUGCAGUGGUGGCAGUUGUUUUGCAAUGGCUGGCAUUUUGCUUUAGUAUUGGGCAGUUAGAAUGGAGUACAGUGGUGGCAGGUGGCAUGCAGUGAUUGGCAUUUUGAUUCGGUGUUGGGCAGUUGUAAUGCAAUGGCACAGAUGUGGUGGCAGUUGGCAUGCAGUGAUUGGCAUUUUGAUUCGGUGUUGGGCAGUUGGAAUGCAAUGGCACAGAUGUGGUGGCAGUUGGCAUGAAGUGUUUGACAUUUUAAUUCAGCAUUGGGCAAUUGAAAUAGAGUGCAGUGGUGGCAGAUGGCAUGCAGUGGUUGGCAUUUUGAUGCAGUGUUGGGCAGUUGGAAUGGAGUGCAGUGGUGGUAGUUGGCAUGCAGUGGUUGGCAUUUUGAUUCGUGUUGGGCAGUUGGAAUUCAAUGGCAGGGAUGUGGUGUGUUGGUCAGUUGGAAUGCAAUGGCAGGGAUGUGGUGUGUUGGUCAGUUGGAAUGCAAUGGCAGGGAUGUGGUGUGUUGGUCAGUUGGAAUGCAAUGGCAGGGAUGUGGCGUGUGUUGGUCAGUUGGAAUGCAAUGGCAGCUAUGUGGUGUGUUGGUCAGUUGGAAUGCAAUGGCAGGGAUGUGGUGUGUUGGUCAGUUGGAAUGCAAUGGCAGGGAUGUGGUGUGUUGGGCAGUUGGAAUGCAAUGGCAGGGAUGUGGUGUGUUGGUCAGUUGGAAUGCAAUGGCAGGGAUGUGGUGUUGGGCAGUUGGAAUGCAAUGGUAGGGAUGUGGUGUGUUGGUCAGUUGGAAUGCAAUGGCAGGGAUGUGGUGUGUUGGUCAGUUGGAAUGCAAUGGCAGGGAUGUGGUGUGUUGGUCAGUUGGAAUGCAAUGGUAGGGAUGUGGUGUGUUGGUCAGUUUGAAUGCAAUGGCAGAGAUGUGGUGUGUUGGUCAGUUGGAAUGCAAUGGCAGGGAUGUGGUGUGUUGGGCAGUUGGAAUGCAAUGGCAGGGAUGUGGUGUGUUGGUCAGUUGGAAUGCAAUGGCAGGGAUGUGGUGUGUUGGGCAGUUGGAAUGCAAUGGCAGGGAUGUGGUGUUGUUCUCACAGUCUUGGAAAGUGCUAUAGAAAACAGAAGUUCUUUUGAUCUUAAAACAGGAUUUAGUGGAACCAACUUAGAGAAUUUCCCUAAGGGUCACUCACAUGGACUCACAUUGGGAGAGACUUUGGGGUUUAUUUAUUAAACACUGAAUUGUACUUAAUCAAAGUGUGAAAAGUUAAGUAAGAAUAGGCAAGAUAUGACUAUGGCUGAAUUGGAGAAUUCUCCAAAUCAGAGAUUUUUGUCCAAACUUCAGCAAUUCAGUUUUCAAUUCAUUAGAGCGCAGCGUUUACCUGAAACUUGUGAUACAGAUAUUAUUUAACCAUUAAACAAGUCUUUCUUCUAUAUUAAUGCAGCAUGAACAAUGACCCCUCAUAGUAUUCAGAGUUAUAUUAAUGGAGCUAUGAUGAGGAAUUAUAUAAAUUAUGUAUCCUUUUAUUUGGAAUCACACCAUCAGGGGUUAAUUAAAACAAGACUUGUGUGGGAUACAAUGUGAUUUCAAAGUGAAUUCCAAAUUUAAGACCAACGUAGGUGAACUAUAAACAUAACAAACUGGGUGAACUGUUCCACUUUACUGUUUUUGUUAUAAAUUUUAAAUUCACUUCGAAUUACCCACAAUUCUUUUUUUUUUUGUUCUGGUAAUUUAUGUAAAUAAUAUAAAAUUUGCAUCCCCUUUUUAAAUGUUUGCAGUAAAUCACUUUCUCCACUUUCAUUUGAGAAUAGUAUCUCUAUUAUUUGUUUCUACAUGUUCACAGAUGUGAUAUUCUAUAGAAAGACUAUAUAUUUAUCAUCGGUGUGUGUGUGUAUAAUAGAAGCAGUUGGAAUGAAAGGGUUAAAGGACAGUUUACCAUAUCUGUGAACAUUUUGUGAAGCAUUUCGUCUUAUCAGUAGUUUUAGAUCAAUAGAUAUUAUUUACAAGAAGUGAUUAUUUUUCUAUACAGUACUCCAACAAAUUCUGCAGUGCUAUAUAAUUUAACCCCUUAGUGACCAAUGACAUUGCACAUAGACUAUGAUUGAUUUAACCCCUUAAGGACACAUGACAUGUGUGACAUGUCAUGAUUCCCUUUUAUUCCAGAAGUUUGGUCCUUAAGGGGUUAAUGGGGUUUUGCCUAAACUCUGCAAGGUUUAAUUUGACAGACAGACACAAACAUAUACAGGAGGUCUUGAGAGCCCGGCCCGCAAGCCUUACAGUCUAGAAGAAAAUAAAGUUUGCCCUGGGGUGUAAGCCAUUUAAAUAGGAAGCCAAUCAGAGAGCUCAGGUCCAUUUGCUGAGUCUGCAAAUCUCUCCCUUCUAGGCCCCUCGCAUUGUGAUUAUCCUGUAUUACACUCUCUCCGCUAGUAUCCAGAAUUACUCAGAUAAACCCGAGUCUCUGAACAAUGUCUCACUUACUGACAUAAGCACAUUUUACUAUUAUUUAUGACGAUAUCUUGUUUUCAUAAAGGGUUUCACAGUCUUCACAAAGAGCCUUCGACCCAAAUUGCAUGGUCCUCAAAUGACCUCAGUUCUCGUCUAGCCAUACCUAUCCUUAUGUUAAGAUUUUCAAUGCCUAAGGCGCUCUCGCAUCUAACUAUUUUAUUUUAUUUUUAACAGAUGGAUAAUUAAAAUUUUUUAAAAAAUGCACUUUUAUCUCACACUGGUGUGCUAAAGUUCCAAAAUGUCUUAAGGCAAACAUUAGUUUCAUAUCCAAAUUGUAAUAUAUGGGGGAGCUUCCGCACAAUAAACUGGACCCUCAUUAUACCUGAAGGUUACUCCUGCUAUGAUGUCAUCACGACGCUAUUAGCUCCACAAAUCACCAACAUUAGCAAAGGUGGCAAAUGCCAUCAGAGCCCACUAAUGUCUUUUCAUGAUAACAUUUUUAAAAAGUCACCAUUUUUGCAGACUCUGUUCAAGGAAAGAAGGGAAGAAUCUAAAUGGACAAAUGGAAUCUUACAAUCUUGGAUGUGACAUCGUUUUAAUACAUUAUGUAUAUAAUGUAUUAAAUAAUAUGCAAAAAACAAAACCACAAAAUAAAAUUUAAAAAUCAAUAUAUAAAAAAUGGCUUUUUAGUUACUGCAGUUGCUUCAAGUACACAGGCAAAUGAUGUCUGCCCAGACCAGAAAGAGAAAUCACCAAUCAGGAGCCUUCUCUUUCCAUCCACUGGUUUCUGAAUUGAUAUCAUGUACUCCUGUCCAGCAAUGAUUUAUUGGAUUUAUAGUUCAGCCCCUAAUUUAGAAGAUAAGUGGUGAAUAGACUAAGAGCAGCCAUACUCACAAACCUGCUUAUUAUAGUGCUUGGAGUGUCACUUUGUCUCCAGCUAAAUCUAUAUUUCUGGUUUAUUGUUUUUGUUUUGUUUUCUCACGGUUUGAACAUUUGUUAUAUUUUCCAACCGUUGGACAAGGUUCUAAAUAUGCAUCAGUCGGUCACCAUUGAAUCCCAAGUGCAUCUUUUCCCCUGUGCAGUUUGUUGGGUUACUCUAUUUGUGACGGAUUUGCCACAUUAUAACAGCUAUGAAAUGGCUGUGAGGUAUCAGCCAAUCCUGGUCUUCCAUGCAGCAUGCAUUAAUAAAUACCAAAGGAAAAAUGUGAAACUCACAAUGUCCCAGAACAAUUCUUUAUUAGAAACUUUGGGGGGAAAAAACCCUGUGUUUAGGCUGCAGCGUUGUUGGUGGGUUCCUAAUAAAGGCCUCUUCCUUUUCUUGGGUAUUUAUUUAUGCAUUGUUUGAGUGUGCCACUCUGGAUACUGCAGCACCACGAUUCAUAUUGUGAUGGCAUAGUCUAGUUAGUAUCAUUUAGUUUCUUAUACCUACAGCAUGUGUUAAUGACUAUUCAUUUGAGAACACUAAAAAACAAUAGAGCCACGUGCUUUUUCUAAUAUCCCUGGAGGACUUGAAAGAGAACGAGGCCUGUGUACAGCCCAAAAACUUGGUUACACUGAAUGACUUUGUCUGAAUUUUUUUUUAGUUUGGGUAGUGUAAUAAUUAUCAAUGUGGCGGUUCAACCCGACCGAAUAUCGUCCAUGCAAAAAAUUUAAGCGAAAACGAUUCGGAUGAACAAUGGGCCAAUCAGUGUGCUGCAAAAUAGAACACUUUUUUUCUGCUCCCUUCCCCCUCUAUUAGUUAUUCUUACUUGACCUGUGAAUACAAUCCACAUCCAGUGACUGACACCGAAUCAGCAAUCUCUUUUUCCCCAUUGAUCAUUUCUUUUUUUUGGGGCCAUGGACAGACCUCUCCAAAUUACGAAUCAAACAAACAUGUUCAUCCAUUGUGUUUGUCAUUAUGUGGUUAUAUGUCCAUAUGGCAUUUCAGACUUACAGAAUUUAGAUGACUUGCCGAUCGGACAAAAUUUGUACAAAUUGCGUUUUGUUUGAAACCGAAUGCUCAAAAUGGUCUAAAUGGAACCAAAUAAUGAAUGCAUAAAAGCAGCAAACAAGUAGAUAUUUAUUAAUUAACUGUUCUUAUAUGGUGCUUAUAUUCAGAUACAUUCUAGAUAAAUCUAUAUGGCCCCGGUUAUUUUAAUGAACUGCCUCAGUAUUUGUAGAAUUGGAGACAUUGCUAAUUAUUUAAUAAGUGCAUUGGAGUACAGUAGGACAGUAGCUGGAUAUGCGAUAUGUUGGAAAGACAGGACAGGACAGAACAGCAACAGCUGUGUGAAGUGGAAACCUUUCACCAAAUUCUCUCCAGAAUUGGUGAUAAUUCUCACUUGGCUGAGAACAUGUGUUGGGUAAUGGUGUUAGGAAGGAGUUUCGUGGAUAAUACAUUGAGAUUAGUUUUUUUCCCAACUGAGAGAGAAAUGUAAAUAUAGGAAGAGAUAUGUGUCUCUUUAAAAGAGGUUUACCAGAAGACUCUGGAGGUCAGACCUGCACUAACACAAUCUUCUUCUGCAUCUCAGGAUAUUGGGGUAAGUGAGGAUUUUAUUUUUAUUUCAAAAGCUGGAAAGAAAACUACUGCUUGACCACAGGUGUCUUAUUUCAUGGAAUCGGAGUCCUAACAUGGUAAAUGUUGGAUUUGAAAUGUUUGAUAGAUCAUUAUUUAGGGUCCAUUUGACAAAUCUACAAGCCCAUAUCCCACCGUUCCUGGGUCUAUUCCCUGAUAUGCUAUUAUGAUAUAAUGAAACCUUAUAGCUUUACAGAGUUAUUUUGUAGCUGUAAUAAAGCUGGUUUUGUUUGAAAGACCAGACAUUGGAAUUAAAUAUACAGAAUUAUAUGAAUUAAAUCUUUUAUUUGUUAAUCCUUGUUAUUAUUCAAUAAACAUUAAAUUUCAUGGCAUUAAAUCAGAGGGCAAAAUUGAGCCUAAAUAGCUCAUUUGGAAAAUGUCUCCAACAUAUAGUCACAGAUCCAAUUCAGCAAUUUGGGCUUAAUUCUACUGGGUUUUGUGUUUAGUAAACAAUUUAUUAUUAAUUCCCUCCACCAGACCUUGUAUUAUGGGCUUCAUGCGUUAUGUAAGGACCAGUUCCUAUAUAGCUAGGGAUGACCUCAGCCAUUAUAGGAAUUCAAUGGGAAUGCGUUCAUGUGUUCUCUCAUUGCGUGUGAAUGCACUCAGGUCAUGUGUAUCUCAUUAAACUCAAAGAGAGGAACUGUAACCCCCCACGGAAGCUUUCCUGUAUUUGCUGUGUUUUUACUUUCUAUUGCAAAGUCUUAAAGGAACACUAGAGUCCCCUAGAGAAGUUCGGCUUUCUGAAGAGCUUUAGGGUUUCACAGCUCGCCCUUGCAGGUUUAUUUUAUAAAAGGGCUGAUUUCAGGAGAAAUUGUCACUUUUAUAAAUUUCCUUAGCAACACCCCUGGGCUGUCAAACAGAUCCUGAGAGGUUUCAUGCUAAAUGCUUCUCAAGGCUUUGUUAGUGUGCCCCAGUGCUGCUAUGAGAAGCAUCUGAUUGGGCACAAGUCAUCAGUAAUGGUGCCUUCACACCAGGAGAAUCUAAGCAUCGAGAGAGACACACUCCUAAAGAAAGACAAUAGGGGUUACUAUGUAACUGGUGCAAAGUUCUAAAGUAGAUAAAUUAACAUGAAAAACAAUGAAACCGUCUCGUCCUAAAAGUCUUGCAGCACUUUUAGAACUUUGUGCAAAUGAAUUCAUUUUUUGUGUUAAUGAUUUAGGCAAACGAACAGUUGAUUAACGUUGGUUAUUUUUUUCGUAAAGUGGCAUUUUUAAAUAUCUUCAAACUGGACAUUACAGAAGAAUAUAUAUAUAUUUUUUUUUUCCUUGAAGUGGAAAUGGAAUUGUAACAAGAUCAUUUGCUGAGCAUAGAAUUGCUCAUUGUCAAUACGUGUUGCUUUUAGAGUUUGCAUUCUGAACAUCUGCCAGAACGUUAAAGAUGAGCUGAGAUCUUUGCUGGCUCUGGGAGGACAAAGCUCUAACUGAUCACAUCCUUUCCUAAUAAACUGGAAAAUGUUUCUGUUUUGGAAAAAAACACUAAACACAUAAAAUGUUUUAUAUUGUUUGUUAAUGUGCAUUUAACUAUAAUGAAUCAUUUAAAAACAUCCACAGCCAAACGAUAGACCUGCAACGGGUGUUAAAGUGAUGUGGUUAAUUAUUAAUUGUAUUAUUAUUGAUAUUUAUAUUGCGCCAACUAAUUCUGCAGCGAUUUACAAUAUUAUGAAGGGGGGGGGGAGAAUUUACCUAAAUGAGACAAUUACACAGUGACACAGGAACAAUAGGUAGAUGAGGACUCUGCUCAAACGAGCUUACAGUCUAGAGGAGGUGGGGUACAAAUACACAACAGGGUAGCAAGAGGGACAGCCACCAAACAAGGUGGAGAAGUAGCAGUGUGGAGGUGUGAGUGGAGUAUGGCUCUUUAGGAGAGCAAGAGACACACUUGACUAAGUAUAGAUAAGUUACUCUGAGAGUCCAUAAGCAUUUCUGAACAGAUGUGUUUUGAGGGACUUCUUAAACAAUUGAAGACUAAGGGAGAGUCUGAUAGGGGUAGGCAGGCUGUUCCAAAAGAAGGGAGCCGCCCACGAGAAGUCCUGCAAACGCGAGUUAGCAGUAGGGUGUGAGCAGCAGACAGGAGAAUGUCACCAGCAGAGCGGAGAGACCGAGAAGGGGCAUAUCUAAGAAUCAAGGAAGAAAUGUAAGAGGGGCUAGAGUUGGUUAGAGCUUUUAUAGGUAAUUAUCUUCAGCAAACCUCCUGCCAUCUACAUAAUUACCUCUUUCAUUGAAUAGUUAAACACAUCUCUAGUGAAUGUCUUCCUCUGAAACAACCAAAUUCUACUCUGUCAUGUAACAUUCAACAUCCAUAAAAACUUUGAACGUCAUCAAGUACAGCUAAUGGGGAUGUAUUGUAUGCAAUGUCUCCUUAUGAGAAGCAUAUGAUUGGAUGUAUGCAUGGCACUCGCCUUGCAAGUGCAUUUUGUCCCCAGUGCUCUUCAAUAAAGAGCAUUGGAUUGGACAGUCAAUGAGGAAGCAACAAGAUGACAUCGCGAGAGGAGGAGCCGGCGGCAGCAUCGAGUGAGUCUCCUCACUGGAAAAAAGGUAAGUAAAACAUUUUCUUAAUUUAUUACAGGUUAACACUUGGGGCCUUGCGUCUAAAUAUGGACUUUGACAUAGUGUUACGACUACAUGUUUAUAUUACUAACGCUAAGUUGUUACUUUAAAAAAUAUUCUAAUAGAAAUAUAAACAUGAGUGUUCUUGUACUUUAAAUUAUUGCCCCCCUGUACAAAUAAAAAAAUUAACUUUCUUCCAGCACUGGGAUUGUCUCCUCUGCGUGGCCGCUCUAUCUCCAGUGAAGUUAUCAGUUCUAGUGAAGUUUGUUUAAUCAAGAAGCCAUGGGGACAUAGGGUGCAUGUGUAGUAAUGCCAUGCCCCGCCAAUCCAGUGCUUCUCAUAGAGUAAUAAUAAAUCCAAUGCUUCCCAUAGAGUAAUAUUAAAUCCAAUGCUUCCCAUAGAGUAGUAUUAAAUCCAAUGCUUCCCAUAGAGUAAUAUUAAAUCCAAUGCUUCUCAUAGAGUAAUAUUAAAUCCAAUGCUUCUCAUAGAGUAGUAUUAAAUCCAAUGCUUCCCAUAGAGUAAUAUUAAAUCCAAUGCGUGGCAUAGAGUAGCAUUACAUCCAAUACUUAUCAUAGAGUAAUAUUAAAUCCAAUGCUUCUCAUAGAGUAGUAUUAAAUCCAAUGCUUCCCAUAGAGUAAUAUUAAAUCCAAUGCUUCUCAUAGAGUAGUAUUAAAUCCAAUGCUUCCCAUAGAGUAGUAUUACAUCCAAUGCUUCUCAUAGAGUAGUAUUAAAUCCAAUGUGUCUCAUAGAGUAGUAUUAAGUCCAAUGUGUCUCAUAAAGUAGUAUUAAAUCCAAUGCUUCUCAUAGAGUACUAUUACAUCCAAUACUUCUCAUAGAGAAGUAUUAAAUCCAAUGCUUCCCAUAGAGUAGUAUUAAAUCCAAUGCUUCCCAUAAAGUAAUAUUAAAUCAAAUGCUUCCCAUAGAGUAGUAUUGCAUCCAAUGCUUCUCAUAGUGUAGUAUUACAUCAAAUGCUUCUCAUAGAGUAGUAUUAAAUCCAAUGCUUCUCAUAGAGUAGUAUUAAAUCUAAUGCUUCUCAUAGAGUAGUAUUAAAUCCAAUGUGUCUCAUACAGUAGUAUUAAGUCCAAUGUGUCUCAUAGAGUAGUAUUAAAUCCAAUAAUUCUCAUAGAGUAGUAUUAAAUUAAAUGCUUCUCAUAUAGUAGUAUUAAAUCCAAUACUUCUCAUAGAGUAUUAAAUCCAAUGUGUGGCAUAGAGUAGCAUUACAUCCAAUACUUAUCAUAGAGUAAUAUUAAAUCCAAUGCUUCUCAUAGAGUAGUAUUAAAUACAAUGUGUCUCAUAGAGUAGUAUUAAGUCCAAUGUGUCUCAUAGAGUAAUAUUAAAUCCAAUGCUUCUCAUAAAGAAGUAUUAAAUACAAUGCUUCCCAUAGAGUAGUAUUGCAUCCAAUGCUUCUCAUAGUGUAGUAUUACAUCAAAUGCUUCUCAUAGAGUAGUAUUAAAUCCAAUGCUUCUCAUAGAGUAGUAUUAAAUCUAAUGCUUCUCAUAGAGUAGUAUUAAAUCCAAUGUGUCUCAUACAGUAGUAUUAAGUCCAAUGUGUCUCAUAGAGUAGUAUUAAAUCCAAUAAUUCUCAUAGAGUAGUAUUAAAUUAAAUGCUUCUCAUAUAGUAGUAUUAAAUCCAAUACUUCUCAUAGAGUAUUAAAUCCAAUGUGUGGCAUAGAGUAGCAUUACAUCCAAUAAUUAUCAUAGAGUAAUAUUAAAUCCAAUGCUUCUCAUAGAGUAGUAUUAAAUACAAUGUGUCUCAUAGAGUAGUAUUAAGUCCAAUGUGUCUCAUAGAGUAAUAUUAAAUCCAAUGCUUCUCAUAAAGAAGUAUUAAAUACAAUGCUUCUCAUAGAGUAGUAUUAAAUCCAAUGUGUCUCACAGAGUAGUAUUAUAGCCAAUAGUUCUCAUAGAGAAGUAUUAAAUCCAAUGUUUCUCAUAGAGUAGUAUUAAAUCCAAUGCUUCUCAUAGAGUAGUAGUACAUCCAAUGCUUCUCAGAGAGUAGUAUUAAAAUCAGUGCUUCUCAUAGAGUAGUAUUAAAUCCAAGGCUUCUCAUAGAGUUGUAUUAAAUCCAGUGCUUCUCAUGGAGUAGUAGUACAUCCAAUGCUUCUCAGAGAGUAGUAUUAAAAUCAAUGCUUCUCAUAGAGUAGUAUUAAAUCCAAAGCUUCUCAUAGAGUUGUAUUAAAUCAAAUGCUUCUCAUAGAGUAGUAGUACAUCCAAUGCUUCUCAGAGAGUAGUAUUAAAUCCAAGGCUUCUGUAGGUUGAAUUACUAAACUGAGAAUUGUCAAGAAAUCAUAAUGAAUUCGAAGUGAAUUUAAGGCCAAUAUAUGUGAAUUGUAAAAAUUGUCCAAGUCAGUUAGGUUUACAGUUCAGCUAUUUUGUUUUAAAUCCACAUUGAAUUAAAUUUGAAUUCUUGGUAAUUCUUACUUCAGUAAAUAAUGUUACAUAUGAUCAUGCUAUACGUGAUGACACGUAAAGUCCCGUGAAAGCUCGUCAAUGAUAAAACAUAUCUAGUGGCUGCCACUGUGAAGAAUGGUUUAGACAAAAUUCCCUGAAACGCAAAGGGACAGUGAAUACACGCUAAAACCACUUCAUUAAGAAGUGGUUUUGGUGCUACAAAUGUCCCUUUAAUUGAAAUAAUGCUUAUUGGUAUUGUCAUUAAAAUCUGUUCUUUUCUACACAUGGGAAAUCAGUGACCAUUAAAGAUGUAUUUGUGUCUGUAUUCCCUGCUACAAUGUAUUAUAUUAAAGUUUUUUAGGUAUAGCAUGGAUUCAUAAUAAAACCAUCUUCUGUCCACUUUAUUGAAUUUGUUCUCUCUUGCUGUUCUUAGGUUUGAUUUGGGCAUUUAGUUGCCAGAACGUAUGUAGAAGAGCCAUGUUUCCACCGUUACUCCUUGCCCUGUCUUUCGUAUCUCAGUGGGGAACCCUAUGAGACCACCCCAAACUUCCAUUGCCCAUGCCGGGCUCCGGAGGAUGGGGAGCGGGGGCUCCACGAGUGGCACAUCCAAUUUAUUGGUCACAGUCUGUACAAAUCACAAGGGUGGAAUUAACUGGCUGAGCUUGAGUCCAGAUGGGCACCAUCUGCUGACAGCGAGUGAGGACUGCAAUGCUGGUCUUUGGACAACAUCGGACAACCAGUGUAUCCGGAUGCUGCAAGGUGAGCCGUAACAAUGUAUACAAUGCAUUUCUACUAGUUGGACUUAAAGAUUACAGGAUUCCAGGGUCAGGGUAUAAAAUCACCUUAUAUUUAAAAAAAAAUGUACCAGGAUGAGAUUCAACAGAUGUGAAUGGUAUAAAUAGGGAACUCCUUCGAUUUUGCUGGAAUUAUGUUGGAGUAUCAUGACUGACAGCCUGAUGAAUAAUUGUGAAGUGGAAUUCUGAUAUCCCCAGCUUUAAUGAACUUGCUGAUUAGAGUCCAUUUAUUAUUUGGAAUGGACUUCUGCGGCAUAGACCAAGAAGAGGAUCUAACAAUCCCAAAGGGCCGCUGUAGAGGGUGGAUCAUGCGAACAUCUACAUAAUAGGACAUUUCUUUUUUUAUUUUGGUUAUUAUGACUUUAGUGUCACAUUCUUCUUCAGAACUCACUGUUUGAUGAACUUCCCAGGAUUCCGACAACGAUCUUCACACAUAUCUCAAAAUUAAACUUGUCUAAAUUAUACACAAAUCUAAAGCUAACUGAACGUUAGCCAUGGGUUGUGUUUUUUUAAAUGACAAUUCUAAUUAUUAUUUUAUCAUAUGUUUUAUAUGCCAACUUGUCCUGGCCAGCAUGCCAUGGUGCCAGUACAAACACACAUGUCACCAUGCAAGGAAUGGCAAUCACGCAUGUACCAAUACAGAACUUUCUUAGUGGAUGUCCCAGAACAGCACACAUGGAGCAUCAUGCUGCAAUGGGUUGCCCACACCUGGAAGUGUUGCAUAGAUAAGUAGGUUUUAUCCUUACCCUUGUUCCCCCUCACCCCAGUAAGUUCUUCAGUAAUGGGUAAAGGAAUGAGAGAGUGUCAGAAUGAUAUCAUGAAUUGAAUCACAUUCAGUGAAUCAGGUUUUACAGCUGUGAGCUACACAGAUCAUACAUAGAAGAGGUCAUCAGUUUGUGGACCUCUAGUUGACCACAAAUCCCAUGAUCCACUGACAAACGAUGAUUCUCUAGCUUUUGAUGAUACACAACUGCGGCAAUAGACUUGACUAGUAUCACUGGAGAUUUAGUUCACCUACAGGUAAUGAGGCAAGGGUUUUUUUUUUUCCCAACCCUGUGGUUGUUGGCAUCGAUUAAAUUGUGUCCUUUUGCCAAAGAGGAUUAACAAAGAUGAUAAAAAUGCAAUCAUUAUACAGAGUUUGGAAUUUUCCACGUCGAAUCCCUAUAGGACCAUUUUUUUUCUAAGCUUUCCAAAAAUCUUCCAAAAUCAUGAGUAAUUUUCCAAAUUUGUAAAGCUUCCAAAUUAUACAACAAAUUUCUAUUUUUUUUUUUUUGCAAAGACGCAAAGUAGCAUUUUUUUUUUUUAUUGAAAUACAAUGCAUCUUUUCAGUUGUAUGAAUUCCUAGAGGCCUUUUGUAGGUUUGGAAAGCUUUCAAAACGAAGAAAUAUACGUUUAACUAAAACAAACAUAUUUAAUAGAGACAGACUGAAUAACAUACUUGGAGAAAGGCUUAGUGAUACAUAAGUCAAAACACUACUGUAUGUGUCCUGAUAUGAAAUAUAAGAGGCAUUUCUUAAACAAUCAGCAGGCCCACAUACAGACAAAAUAGCCAAACUGCAACGAUACCUGAACUGGAGAAUUUCUCCAAAUCAGCUUUUCAUGCCUUCCUUUUGUGCUUUACAUUUUAAUUUGCUACAAGUCACAGUUUAGUGAAUAGAUCACUAGGACUACCAUAUGAUGGAAUAAUUUCUGCAUUGGAUUGAUGCUGAGUCCGGAUGGACAUUAAAGUGAUUAUAUUAGGGGUGUAUGUGGGGAGCAGAAAUCAAAUGCACCUAAUGAGUAUUCUUAACGGUUUAUUUACUAUAGUGAGAAUUCAAAGUGAUUUUGAAAUUUAACACUAUAGUCACCUAAAUUACUUUAGCUAAAUAAAGCAGUUUUAGUGUAUAGAUCAUUCCCCUGCAAUUUCACUGCUCAAUUCACUGUCAUUUAGGAGUUAAAUCACUUUGUUUCUGUUUAUGCAGCCCUAGCCACACCUCCCCUGGCUAUGAUUGACAGAGCCUGCAUGAAAAAAAAAACUGGUUUCACUUUCAAACAGAUGUAAUUUACCUUAAAUAAUUGUAUCUCAAUCUCUAAAUUGAACUUUAAUCACAUACAAGAGGCUCUUGCAGGGUCUAGCAAGCUAUUAACAUAGCAGGAGAUAAGAAAAUCUUAAUUAAACAGAACUUGCAAUAAAGAAAGCCUACAUAGGGCUCUCUUUACAGGAAGUGUUUAUGAAGGCUGUGCAAGUCACAUGCAGGGAGGUGUGACUAGGGUUCAUAAACAAAGGGAUUUAACUCCUAAAUGGCAGAAGAUUGAGCAGUGAGGCUGCAGGGGCAUGUUCUAUACACCAAAACUGCUUCAUUAAGCUAAAGUUGUUCAGGUGACUAUAGUGUCCCUUUAAGAUCAAAAUAGCCGAACUGCAAAAAUUCUCUAAGUAAGCUAAGCUUCUCGCUCAGCUAAUCUGGUCUUAAAUUUAAAAUUUACUUUUGAAUUCUUACUUUAGUCAAUUAUUAUUAUUUUAUUAUUUAUAUAGUGCCAUCAGAUUCCGUAGCGUAAAUAAAGCAUUUCGUUUUUUUUUCCUCUGGGAGAGUAGACAGGAGCAGUGAAAAUGCUUCUCUUAAUGCACUCAUGAUUUUUUAUAAAGAAAAGGACAGGCCAGGACUUCUUGUAUGUCCCUUUAACUUAUGAUUAAGUGCCACUAAGACUCAAAAUGCUUAAAGUAGUGACGACUGCCAAACAGUAACAGUGGCUAUGCAAUAAUAAUUUUUUUAAAUGGCUGAAAGAUCCACAAUUUCUGUGCCGUGUACCCUAAUUGUACAUUUACUGUUAAAUAUGAGGACUUGUGGGAGAAUUUGGAUGGUUGUAGCACAGACGAACACAAAAUUAAGGUUAAAAAAAAAGACACUAUUUAUGGGAACUGUGUUGCAGUUUUGGGCUCAGAUACUUUGAUUUCAAGUAAUUUGUCCAUUUAACACAACUGUACUCUAUGGGGUAAUAGUUUACCAUUGUUGACACACAUGUGAGUGCACGAUUUAGUAAAUAUAUGCCAUUGUUUUUAGGCCAUGGGAGCUACAUUACAUACUGUCAUCUGGAGAAUGAGACUGCGUUCACCUGCAGCGCUGAUCACACCGUCAGGAAAUGGGAGGUCGCUACCGGUCUGUGUCUGGCUGUGUACACAGGACAUACAUCAAUCGUUAACAGGUCGGUGAGAAUUCAUUUUACUGUGAAUUGCUACAUUUACACUGCUUGACACAAAGCUACAAAGAGUCACUCUGCUGGUAAAUGUAAACACAACUCGUUAUUAUCGGGUGUGUUACAGUGGCAGGGUGCUGAGUGUGACUGAGUUAGGAGGGCGAGUGUGACAGGAAGUGUGGCAGGCUGAGGGGUGGUGUGUUACUGUGGCAGGGUGCUGAGUGUGACUGAGUUAGGAGGGCGAGUGUGACAGGAAGUGUGGCAGGCUGAGGGGUGGUGUGUUACUGUGGCAGGGUGCUGAGUGUGACUGAGUUAGGGAGUGAGUGUGACUGGAAGUGUGGCAGAGUGAGGGGUGGUGUGUUACAGUGGCAGGGUGCUGAGUGUGACUGGGUUAGGAGGGCGAGUGUGACAGGAAGUGUGGCAGAGUGAGAGGUGGUGUGUUACUGUGGCAGGGUGCUGAGUGUGACUGAGUUAGGGAGUGAGUGUGACAGGAAGUGUGGCAGGGUGAGAGGUGGUGUGUUACUGUGGCAGGGUGCUGAGUGUGACUGAGUUAGGGAGUGAGUGUGACAGGAAGUGUGGCAGGGUGAGAGGUGGUGUGUUACUGUGGCAGGGUGCUGAGUGUGACUGAGUUAGGGAGUGAGUGUGACAGGAAGUGUGGCAGGGUGAGAGGUGAUGUGUUACUGUGGCAGGGUGCUGAGUGUGACUGAGUUAGGGAGUGAGUGUGACAGGAAGUGUGGCAGGGUGAGAGGUGGUGUGUUACUGUGGCAGGGUGCUGAGUGUGACUGAGUUAGGGAGUGAGUGUGACAGGAAGUGUGGCAGGGUGAGAGGUGGUGUGUUACUGUGGCAGGGUGCUGAGUGUGACUGAGUUAGGGAGUGAGUGUGUCAGGAAGUGUGGCAGGGUGAGGGGUGGUUUGUUACUGUGGCAGGGUGCUGAGUGUGACUGAGUUAGGGAGUGAGUGUGACAGGAAGUGUGGCAGGGUGAGGGGUGGUUUGUUACUGUGGCAGGGUGCUGAGUGUGACUGAGUUAGGGAGUGAGUGUGACAGGAAGUGUCGCAGAGUGAGAGGUGGUGUGUUACUGUGGCAGGAUUAGGGGGGGGGGGGAGUGAGAGUUGGGGAAGGUGGCAGGGAAAACCACUGUGGGCUCAAAAUAAACUAAAGAACUGUUUGAGUUUUAAGCAAAGUGUGUUAGCAUUUGUCAUGUUCAGGUGGUGGCACUUGGCAGGGUGCUGAUUCUGAGUUUAGUGUGUGUGGCGUGGGGGGGUUGUACUGUGGGGGUGCUGAGUGUGACUGAGUUAGGGAGUGAGUGUGACAGGAAGUGUCGCAGAGUGAGAGGUGGUGUGUUACUGUGGCAGGAUUAGGGGGGGGGGUGAGUGUAAGAGUUGGGGAUGGGUGAUUGGAGAAAACCACUCAAAGGGCUUCAAAAUAAACUAAAGAACUGUUUAAUUUUAAGCAAAUGUGCUUUAGCAUUUAGUCAAUGUUUCAGACCACUGGCAGUAUUGUAGAGAAUUGAUUCUUUAGUGUGUGUGCGUGGGGGGUUGGUACUGUGGGGAUUGAUUCUUUAGUGUGUGUGCGUGGGGGGCGGUACUGUGGGGAUUGAUUCUUUAGUGUUGGAUUGGGCCUUAGUGGUGGGCUAGGGGCAGUAUUGUGGGGGAUUGGGGCUUUGGUGUGGGGGAUAGAGGCAAAUAAAUGCCUGAUAGCAAUAUUUUAGAGAUUUUAGUGGAAACAGCGAAGCCCCUAAUCCCUGACGUACGUUUUGCUAGAUCAGCUCAUCAUUUCCACUAAAAUCUCAAAAAUAUUGCUAUGAGGCAUUUGAGAUUGAAUACUUUAACAUUUCGGCAUGGCAAUUUUCCUGUUCUACUGGCAAUAAGGCUAUUAAGGAUCUAGCCAUAUUUCUGCUGAGGGGUGGUUGGGGUGAAUAAUAUUGUUUUUCUGGCUAGGAACUUGUUUAGGGGUAAGGGGUGCCCACGAAGACACUAUAGGGAAAGCACUGAAGGUUUAACUACCAAACCUUUACUUUUUCUAACCUCUUUACCCCUUAUAUUAUUACAUCUUGUACAGCACAAAAUACCAGGUCUGUAUCCUUGACUAGUGAUGUCCCGAACGAUUCGCUGGCGAAUAGUUCCCGGCGAACAUAGCGUGUUCGUGUUUGCCACGGACGGCGAACAUAUGCGCGGUUCGAUCCGCCCCCUAUUAAUUUACUAAUACUAAGUAUAAAUUACUUAGUAUUAGUAAAUUGUGCCCCUACUCGCAAUACCGCGAGUAGGGGCAUGUCUAUUAAACAGUGAGCAGCCUGUGGCUGCUCACUGUUAAAAAAAAAAAAAAAAGGGUCCCCCCCCGGUGGGGGCCCUAAAUACUAAUAGGGGGGGACCUAUUGUCCUCCCCCCGGCCCCCAACCCUGAGCGGUGCGUGGGGGCCCUAAAAAUAACAAUAAGGGGGGAACCUACUGAGCGGUGGGUGGGGGCCCUAAAAUUAACAAUAAGGGGGGGACCUACUGUCUCCCCCUGGCCCCCACCCCUGAGCGGUAGGUGGGGGCCCUAAAAUUAACAAUAAGGGGGGGACCUACUGUCCCCCCCCGGCCCCCACCCUUGAGCGGUGGGUGGGGGCCCUAAAAUUAACAAUAAGGGGAGGACCUAAAAUUAACAAUAAGGGGGGGACCUAUUGUCCCCCCUGGCCCCCACCCCUGAGCGGUGGGUGGGGGCCCUAAAUACAAAGGGGGGGACCCUAGUCACCCCUCCCCCCCAAAAAAAAUUUUACUAAAAAGCUGUAAAAAAAAAGAAUUAGAUAAAAAUAACUUACCAUUUGAUGUUUUCUUUCUUCUACAAUCUUCUUUUUUCAGCCCCAAAAAAGGCCAAAUAAAAAGCCAUAAGAACCGACGCAAUAAAAAAAACAAAAAAAAAACAAAACCCCCCCCCCAAAAAAAACGAGCACACAAAAAAAUAAUCCAUCUUCACCCAUGGAGGGCUCCGCGCAGACUGAGCUCUGCAGGGUGGGGGAAGGCUUAUAAAGGCUAAGAACACUCUGAUUGGCUGUUUUUUGUCAUUUUACACAGCGUGGUAAAAUUCAAAAGAACUUUAGGGCCCCCCUUAUUGUUAAUUUUAGGGCCCCCACCCACCGCUCAGGGGUGGGGGCUGGGGGGGGACAAUAGGUCCCCCCCGUUGUUAAUUUUAGGGCCCCCACCCACCGCUCAGGGGUGGGGGCCAGGGGGGACAAUAGGUCCCCCCCUUAUUGUUAUUAGGGCACCCACCGCUCAGGGGUGGGGGCCGGGGGGGACAGUAGGUCCCCCCCUUAUUGUUAUUUUUAGGGCCCCCACCCGCUGCACAGGGGAGGGGGCCGGAGAGGGGGAGGACUGUAGGUCCCCCCCCUCAUUAUCAUUAUGGCCCCCACCCGCCGCCCAGGGGUGGGGGCCAGAGAGGGGGAGGACAGUAGGUCCCUGUGGGUUUUAAAAUUCGCCUGCCUAUUGAAGUCUAUGGCGGUUCGCCAGGUUCGCGAACAUUUGCGGAAGUUCGCGUUCGCGGUUCGCGAACCGAAAAUGUUAUGUUCGCGAAAUCACUAUCCUUGACAUUACCAGGAGAUCUAGCUGAAUUUCCUAACUGUGUAUGUUACUUAUCAUAAUUUUUACAUUCACAUGUAGCCAUGUAGCUAUCUCUAUAACAGAUAUCAUUUUACUAACUAUCCCAGAGUGAGCCUAAUAGCAACUCUAUACCACACACUCAGUGUAAUAAUGAUUGAUUGAGACUGUUUGGGAUUACUGAUCUGGUGGGUUUGCGAUCUUACUUGACAAUUACAGGGCAUGUGCCUACGCAUUUUCAGUACCACGGUGUAUCUUAAGAGAUUCUGAUCUAACUCUGUGUAUGUCUACUAAAUAGCGAUUCACAAAGAUUAUUAAGUCACACCCUUUGGGUGGGAACGUGGUCUACGACGACCACUAUCACAGGUUAUCGACCCAAGUAUAUAAUUUUGAGGUACAUAUAUAUACUUAUAAUAUUUAUCAGUGGCACUCAUCAAAUCAUUGUCACUAGUGGAAAAGCCACAACUGUUUUUAAUAGUUGUUUUGUAUUUUAUAUUUUUUUGUCUAUAGUGCUAUGUGUUAUGUCUUGUGCUCAGUUCUUGUUUUAGUCCUUGUAGGACUUUUUAAAUUUAAUCUAUUAAAAGCUAAGUCUUAUUAAAGGUAUUAUUUACUCCUUUAGUAUUCCAUUUCUUUACACCAGGCGUUGCAUCCUCCUCAUUGUUCUUUUGUUUGUUUAUUGUUUACCACAGGGGUUACCCCCCAUUUAGGAGGUAUGAUAUUAGAUAUUCUUCUUAUGUUUCUUUUCUUUUCUGAAGGUCUGGGAUAGAGGAAAACACUCAAAAACACUGACAGACAGUCAGACACACAACCAACCACAGACUCACACACUCACAUUCAAAGAAGAUUUUUAGUAUUGGAGUAUUUUUAUGGUCUCUUUAGCAUUAGGAGAGCUGGAGUGGAUCCUCCCUCUGGGCCCCUGGUGCAUUGCCCGCACAGCUCCCUUGCAUGCCCUGUAGUGGUGCCUGGGCCGGAAUGACAUCACAUUCUGCCUCCCGGCACCUCUACAGGUGUGCGAUGGAGCUGUGCAGGCAAUGGAUCAGAGCUCUCUCGCUGGCGGUAUCCCUGCCCCCACCAAGUCUGCAAAUGGUGUCAAUAAAACACCUCUCAUGUUUGUGAUGGGAAUACAUUGAAAGGUGAGGCGUCCUUUCUGUUUGAAUUGUGCUCCAGGUAAGUGCAGAGACUGGAGGCUGGGAAUGUCCCUCCAUUUAGACUGGGAUGGAAUCUCACACAUUUUCGUUCUGUUAAUCAAGCUUAGUUUGUAACAUACUUUACUUUUAUGUUGGGUCAUCUUACUGUACAUCACUGUUAAAUGUGUAUUAUAAGUAAUAAUAGUGAAGUUUAUACAGUAAUUACCCGUACAGACACAGACAUAAUCUUGUAGAUGUUAGAAGAGCUUUCAGGGACUACACACAUAGCCUCUCAACACCAUAGCCACUACAAUAAGCUAUUACGUAGGUCCUUUAAAAUAAUUAGGAAGAGCUAAAGUGGGGAGAUUUAGGAUCUGAAGGCUAUAUUUGCUGAACUGGCAAUCGUGGACAAUUGACAAGGAAAUCCCAAAUGUUAGAUCACUCUCGUCAAACUGGGAAAAUUUUCCAAAUUAGUCAUUUUUAUAUUUUGCUUUUUUUUUUCCUAAAAUGUAUAAUUGUUUAUUGUAAGCAAUUCCAUAAUUUAGCAAAUAAGCCUGUAUUGUUUGAGAGUUUUGUUCAGACUUGCAGAAGACUUAGCGCAGUUAUGUGACAUUGUUGCAAGAAGUUAAUACAUUCUUUGUGUCUGCAUUACCUUUCAGAAUUCUUGUUGUCAAAGACUAUCUAUUUAGUGCAUCUUACGACAGGACUGCUCGGUGCUGGGAUAUAGAGACAGCCAGACAGUUGCAGGUCUUUCAGGGUCACCGAAACUGUAUUCUGGCCUUGGCACACUUUUCAUCGAAUGACCUCUUGGACGAAUCCGACAUAGAAGCCAAUGACGUGAAAGAAUUCAUUGUUACCGGGAGUACGGAUUGUACAGUUAAAGUCUGGGAGGCAUCCAGCGGGUGUUGCUAUCAGACUUUACGUGGACAUUCUGGGGCCAUACUAUGUAUUGUUCUCGAUGCCCCAAACAGUGAGCUAUUCUCUGGUAGCACUGACCACACCAUCCGGAGGUGGAAUAUGGCAACUGGAGACCAACUUAAAUUAUAUCGAGGACACCAAGGGUCUGUUAUCUGCCUAGAGGUAAGAAAACAAGAACUUGAAGCAGUAAUGAAACUUCAAAUUACUAAGCAGCACGUGCAACAGCUUAAACUAGUUAUACUUGGAAGUCAGUUUAAAGAUCCAUAGACCUCACGUUGACGUUUCGCAGGCUGGAUUCUGAGUAUAACUGGACUUAGAUAGUGGGUCUAUUUUCCCAGCAUAAGCGCUGGCUUUGUACAAUGCUUGAAAUAGGCCUGUAAACACAGGUACAUUGUUGCGCACUAAUAAUAAAAAAAAAUGUACGCAGUUAUUUUACUUUUCUAGCAUACAGCAAGCUAACUUGUUUUUGGCUUGUACUUCUGUAUACAUACUUUAAUAGUUUAGAUAUGUGCAGUUUGGUUUUGUGUUAUUUUAUGAUAAUAUCUUAUCUGUUGAUAUUUACUGUGUGUACUGUAUCUAUGUAUGAAUGUAUUAAUUUAUGGGUAUUGGCUUCUUGUUCCUUUACCAUUUUGAGGUUAUUUUAAGUAGGUUCCAUUUGAUCUAAUUUAAUAAUUACCAUUAACCUUUUGACUUCCGCUAUUAGUCAUUUUGGCUAUUGUGGUUCAUUCACUUAAAAGGUUACUAUAAGCACCUUGAUCAUUUCAGCGACUUAAAGUGGUUAUGGUGCUUGAAAUCUGAAUGAGAGGUUAAAGAAUUAUCCUGCCAGUGUGGGACAAGAGUUCAGGAUGGGCGAAUGUUAAUUCUGUGCAUUUUGGGCAUCUGUAGUCAGCAUGAAUAGUAUGCUGGCAACACACGGCGGGUGGUGGGACGGCAGCCCCCUCUCUGUGCUUGUCAAGUCCAAAUCCUCCCCUUAUGAUGUCCCUCUCCUGUAAGUGAGGGGGACCGACAUCACCAAAGGAUGAUCAGGCUAUCAAGAGAACUUGGCAUUGGCAUGGGAUUUAAAGGUUUACUCAAGCACCAUUGCCACCUGAGGGAUUUGAAGUGGUGAUGGUGCCUGGAGUCCAUUUGUGCAGUGUUUUGUAAGGAAACUCUGCACAUACAGAGAUUAACCCCUCUAAUACGCCUCUGGCAGUGCCAUUGGGGUGUCAUUAGACAGCAGUUCUGGGUGGCUUAUGUGAAUUCUGUUCACAUUUGGCAUCUCAAGCCAGCAUGCCAGUCAGCCAAUGGUGCCAUUGCCUGUUCUCCAUGACAUCCCUCCCCAUCAGCCAAAGAGGACUGGUCUACAGGGAGAAUUUUCCCUCGGCGUUGGUACGGAGGCACGUUGAAACUCUAUUUUUUUCUUUUACGUUUAGGGAGCAAGCCAGCAGAGCAAGGGUUACUCUAACCAGAAACACUGUUUUAUGAAAACACUGUUUUUUGGUUGGAGUAACCUUUUUGGGUGAGUUUAUCCUUUCUUCCUUUUUCUAUGUGGAGACCACGCCAGCAAAGCUUACUUCAAACAAAAACAGUAUUUUAAUAAACAAUGCGUUUUGAUGAUUUGGCAACAGACUUAUACAAUGCAGGCCAAAAUAACCAAUCUGUAAAUAUUCCUAUAUUGUAUACAUGCACAAAAAAUAUAUUUAUUUUUGUUUAGUCUCAAAUGUCAGUAUUUUUUCAUAACUUUAAGUUAGUGAAAAUAAUGUUUAGCGUUUCAUAAAACAUUUGUUAUUCUGGUAAGCAUCUUUAGCUGAGUCAGACUCCAGACAUUUUUAUACGGUGCAAAUGUAGCCAGAACACUCCGUCAAUAUAAGUGGGAGCCACAUGAAAUAUAUCUCUUUCUCUUAAUCAAAUAUUUUCUGUCGAUUACACUCUGCAACAUGCGUUGUAAAAAUCUGACAGAAUUAUUAUAUAAAUAGAUUCUGUCCACACGGACAUUUAUAUCUACUGAGUUUUCAACAGUAAAUCUGUGAACUGUUCCCCAGAUGUUUCACGGAGAGUAAUUGACAAAAUAAGAAAUCGUGCUGCGGGCGAUGAAUAAAAAAUGUAUCGGAAAGACAAUAAGCAAACCUACACGGACAGUGUCUACAUUUAAAGAGGCGCUGUCACUUGGGGUGUGUUUUAAUAUAUUGCAUUGACCACGCCACCUUGAAAGUAACGUCUUCUUCUGGGGAUAGGGGUGCAGUAAGGGAAAUAUUAUUACCCGAUACUCUCUACAUCAGUACUUCCAGUACUUUAUUCUUUACAUAGAUAUUAGUUAUGGUUAAUGCUGCUCUGAGUGUAAAACAUGGAUCUAUAGAAGGUUCAGUGGAAUCCUCCGUAGAGGUUUGUGACGAAAGUAACCUCAUCACUGGCUUUUGGAGGGGCCUGUUUGGCAGCCUCCUACCCUGUGAUCAUGGCCCUGUGACAAGCUGAACCUCGUCAAGGAUUCUUGGAGGGGCCUGCUGGCCAGCCUAUUGCCUUAGGACUAUGGACCUGCAAUAUACCUUGCCCAAUGCACUUUAAAAGGCUCUGUUCAUGUGAAGUAUGCACUUUUGUACUCCAGGCAGAGAGACCGACCGUUAGCCCUAAUUCUCUGGAACUUUUUUGGGCAUGGGACCAUGUGCACGGUGGGUCAAAAAGAGACUUCCAUGAAACUUUUGAACCCCUGCUCUGAUCUGGGUGAUUUUGGGAUAUGUUAUUCACCCAGAUCAGGGCUAUCCCUGUGUUUUACGGGAUAUGUUGUAUUUUGGGGUACUUAAGAGACUUUGUAAAAUAUGUGUUUUUAUGUUUGGGGAUAAUUACAUUAAUACAUUAUCUACCUUAAUUGUAUCACAGGCAGAGGGGAGGGAUUGUGUGCUGUAUGUGGGAGUGUCAGGCAUUGUUACAUUUAUUCUAUUGGUCUGUAUAAUUUGUGUCCUGUGCCCCAUCAGGUCCAGUGGGUGUUCCCCUGGCCUGAAAAGUUGUAUAAAAAUCCAACCCAUACCAUUAAACUCUCAGAUCAUCUUGCACCUUCAUGAAGUCUUGGCUUCAUGAAGUCCUGGCUCAUGGGGAUUGGAGAACUACACUAUAUCACAAUACUCCCCUGAGUAUAAUCACUAGCUCUUCUAAGAGCUUUUCCUGCUACACUCUCUGGACUAGGAGAGGUCUACCUACUGGAAGCUGGAUCAUGGUCUUGGGUCCAGGGUGGGUGGUGAGUCCCCAACCAGGCUGCGGCGGUUCGUGGGGUUUACGGUAGUUAUGGUGUUCCAGUGCAGUGCUUAUGAUACUCGCAAGUACUAGGAAGCAGCGAUUGACAGAGGUACUCGGUCGGAGUGCCAGGCAGUCCGUCACAAGAUUCUUGCACUGCGCAUGCUCAGUAAGGUGCCAUAGGAACAGAAUAGGCUCAGACUGUUGUUCUAUGUACUAUAUAAUUUGCAAUAAUGCGACCCUUUAAUGUCAAAAAUACUUCUGGCAUCACAUUUCUGCUGUUAUGGAAUUCUUAAAUAAAAUAUUUUUGUAUGUAUCUAUGUAUUUAUUAAACAGAGAUCAUUCUUUAGGUUAUUGAACAUUACGUCCCAAUUAAGAUGCCCACUUUGGAUAGAUCCUGGAGUGAAUUGGGACUGGGUGACUGGAUUGCUAAUGUUUAUUUCCAUUUACAAAAUGAGUGUUUCUAUCAAAUUUCCUUUGACUUAUUUGAUCUGAUCAUCUCAUGCACGAGCAAGUUUUUCUACUUUGCAGUUAUCGCAAACUAAAGUGUAACCCACAUUAGCCUUUAAUUAGGCACUUAAAAAAAAUACCACUCUACAGUGUAACAUAACAUACAUGCAGUCCUAUAGAAUCCUUUUUUGUAUCAUUUUCAUUAAAUAAAUGUAAUAUAUUAAAUAUCCCAGAAAGGGGCAAAUUCCGUAUCCCAUCUUGAUCAAUAUAAGAUAUAUUAUUGAUUAAUUUGAUCCUCUGCUGUAUUUCACUAAUACUUCCCAUGCUAAAAUUCUGUUACUCCAUCCAUCUGAUAUUUUGUUAAUCACUGUCUCAUAAUUACAUGCACUGAGUAAAAUUAAUGUCACAUGUAACAGUUAUUGGUAACAUUGUAGAUUUGUCCUUAAGUCACAUUCAUACUAAAUAGAUUAGAACAACAACUAAUUUGAUGAAAAUGUGACACAUAUCUGAUAAGGCUGCAGUGGAACUAACUCAGUAAAUUAGUGGCACUACCUGGACAUUGUCUCUAGACCGCUAUGAAUGAAGCGGCUUUGAUUAUCCAGAGAAGCGAUGUGAUAAUUGGGAAUAGGAGUUGGUAGCACUCUCCUGUCAGUGUGAGACAGCGUGCCACUAUUCAUUGUGUCAUUAUUUUAUACACAGAGUUCCUGGCUUGCUGCUGGAUUCUCUCAUUUUAACCCCACAAUUCUCAUCAUGUAAUUCAGCUAAAUAAUUGUAGAUCUGGCUAUAAAUAGCAUGAAAUGGCUGUAAAUACCUUGUGGGAGUCUUUGUAUCCAGGCUACACAAAUCAGUUCACAGAGAAGCAGAGAACAUACAUACAGUAGGUUUUAAGUCUGGAUUCUGUGUCUGUGAACAUAAUGCACUGUGUUAAGGUGCUGCAAAUUCCUGGCGAGGCCCAAAAGUAUCAACAUAAUAGCUUGACAAAUACCACAUCAUGUGGCCGAAACGUUGUCCUGAUUGCUUGGAUGUUCUAACUAAAUGUAUUCUCUGUGAACACACACAGUAUACAAAUGUGUCUGUCUGGCAGGCUUUAAAGUGACCUUGUAUAACAUUUAAGUUUCAUUUUUUGGCCAUGAAGAAUAUUAGGUGUGUGCAGGGCCGGACUGGGAGAAAAAUUCGGCCCGGGCAUUUUUUUAACACAGCGGCCCACUAAGAAGGGGGCGGGGGCAGAGGAGGUGUGUUUUGUCAUCACCAAUGACAAACACGCCCCCUCUCAAAGUGAGCAUGUUGGUUCAAUGCUCUUCCAGGGCAGACCAUGCGCAGAGCUCUGCUGAAGAGCUCUAGCAUGAUAAAAAAAGCCCUGUAUUUGUUCUGCACAGUGCAAGCAAAUUUAAUAACAUGCUUGCACUGUGUUUCCUUGCAAAUUGUCUCUGGUGUCUCUAUAAAGAUACCAGGAAACAAAAAUGCCAGGAAAGAGUAUUGUGCAUGUGUUUGGAGCCUGCUUGUGGUAUUGCGUGAGCUGAUUGUGGUGCGGUAUUGUGUAAUAAGGUUGGUUUUAGUCAUGUUGUGUUUGUGGUGUAAUGUGAUGCAUAUGUGGCUAGGGGCUGUAGAGAAUGUGUGUAUUGGGGAUAUAGCAAGUGUGUGCAUACAGGCUAUAGUGUGUGUGUGUGUGUAUAUAGGUGAUGUAGUGUAUGUUUAGGGGUGUAGUAUGUGUUUGCUUACAAGGAAUCUAGUGUGUGUAUAGGGGAUCCAGAGUGUGUAUGUUAAGAGUGUAGUGUGUGUGUAUAUAUAUUUGGAAGUAUUGUGUAUGUGUGUGGUGCAGUGUGUGAUGUGUGUGAGAGUGCGGUGUGUGAGAGUGCUCUGUGUGAUGUGUGUGUGUCUGAUGAGUGUGAGAGUGCUGUGUAUGAUGUGUGUGAGAGUGCUGUGUGAGAGAGUGCUGUGUGAGAGUGCUAUGUGUGUGAGAGUGCGUGUGUGCUGUGAGAGACUGCUGUGUGAAAGAGUGCUGUGUGUGAGAGUGCUGUGUGUGAGAGAGUGCUGUGUGAGAGAGUGCUGUGUGUGAGAGUGCUGUGUGUGAGAGUAGAAACAUAGAAACAUAGAAACAUAGAAUGUGACGGCAGAUAAGAACCAUUCGGCCCAUCUAGUCUGCCCAAUUUUCUAAAUACUUUCAUUAGUCCCUGGCCUUAUCUUAUAGUUAGGAUAGCUUAUGCCUAUCCCACGCAUGCUUAAACUCCUUUACUGUGUUAACCUCUACCACUUCAGCUGGAAGGCUAUUCCAUGCAUCCACUACCCUCUCAGUAAAGUAAUACUUCCUGAUAUUAUUUUUAAACCUUUGUCCCUCUAAUUUAAGACUAUGUCCUCUUGUUGUGGUAGUUUUUCUUCUUUCUACUGUGAGAGAGUGCUGUGUGUGAGAGUGCUGUGAGAGAGUGCUGUGUGAGAGAGUGCUGUGUGAGAGAGUGCUGUGUGUGAGAGUGCUGUGUGAGAGAGAGUGCUGUGUGUGAGAGUGCUGUGUGUGAGAGUGCUGUGUGUGAGAGUGCUGUGUGUGAGAGUGCUGUGUGAGAGUGCUGCUGUGUGAGAGAGUGCUGUGUGAGAGAGUGCUGUGUGAGAGAGUGCUGUGUGUUAGAGAGUGCUGUGUGUUAGAGAGUGCUGUGUGUUAGAGAGUGCUGUGUGUUAGAGAGUGCUGUGUGAGAGAGAGUGCUGUGUGAGAGAGAGUGCUGUGUGUGAGAGUGAUGUGUGUGAGAGAGUGCUGUGUGUGAGAGUGAUGUGUGUGAGAGUGAUGUGUGUGAGAGAGUGCUGUGUGUGAGAGUGCUGUAUAAAUGUUAGAAUGGAUUGUGUGUGUAGGGGGGAGGGGGGUUAAAUAAAUAAAGUAGGCAUUAUGUCCCCCCCCUCCCUUCUUACCUUUAGCCUGGGAGGGGGGGGACCGGCACACUGAUCCCUGGGACUGGGAGGGGGGGUUCCCUGGUGGUCCUUGUGGUGAGAUCCGGUCGUUGCCAUGGCAACGCGCCGGAUCUCGCGAGAGGAACCCGGCGGAGCUCUAAUUUAGAGCUCCGCCGGGUCCUCUCUCCUAGCGGCUGUCUCCCUCCCUCUCCCCCUGCCCGCGGCCGCAUUAUACAGCAUGUGGGCCAGUGAGGGAGAUCUUUGAUUUCCCUCACCGGCCCUUCAUGGAAAACAGCGGGGCCGGCGCUCGGAUAGUGCCGGCCCUGCAUAGACCGGCAGGGGAGAUCCUGGGAGCUCCCCUGCCGGCCUCGGCCCAUGGCCACCGCGGCCCACCGGGCAUUUGCCCGGUGUGCCCGAUGGCCAGUCCGGGCCUGGGUGUGUGUCUGUUCCAGCUACAUGCAGCAAUCACAAUCAUUCACACACAGAGAUCUGUUCUAAGGGGCCCUAAGUGGGACUGGUUUAGUGAGGGGCCUUUUUCACACUAGUAAGAAAUGUAAUCCAUCUGUCCACAUUCUGAAUGCAUUAUAACAGUUAGAUUUAUUCAGUAAACUGGGAAUAUGGGGGAGUAUAAUAAACAGGAAAAAUUGGUUUAACUUGUUUUCAGGUACAACCUGGGGUCUGAAUACAAUGAGUAUUACCCACUUAAAAAAUACUCAUUAUAUUAACCUCGUAAGAAUGAAAGGCUGAGUUGACUUUACCAGGAUUUGAAUCUGUGAGAUACUGCAGCUGGAGCCCUAUCCACUGAGCUAUCUCUCCAAAAAUGUGAUACAUUGACCAGGAAAUGGCAUCUCUCUGUCCAAAUAGCAAAAUUAGUACAAUUCUUUCAGCUCAGCUAUGUUGGCCUAAAACAGUGAUGGCGAACCUUUUUGAGCCCGAGUGCCCAAACCGUAAUACAUGCCAAUUUAUUUUUCCUCAAAGUGCCAAAUCGGCAAUUAAACCUGAAUACCGAGGUUUAAGUUUAGAAAAAACAACUCAUACAGUUGUCCGAACUAAUUAACAUCUCUGUGUGUGUAUUAAGCAGUUUGUGUGUGUGCUCGGCAGUCUGUCUGUAUGUGUAUUUAGCAGUCUGUGUGUAUUUAGCAGUCUGUCUGUAUUUAGCAGACUGCUGAAUACACACACAGACUGCUGAGUACACAGUCUGCUGAAUACACAUACAGACUGCUAAAUACACACACACACACAGACUGCUGAGUACACACACACAGACUGCUGAGUACACACACACACACACACAGACUGCUGAGUACACACACACACAGACUGCUGAGCACACACACACACAGACUGCUGAGUACACAUACAGACUGCUAAAUACACACACACACACACACACACGCACACUGCUGAGUACACACACACACAGACUGCUAAAUACACACACACACAAACACACACACAGACUGCUCUGUACACACACACAGACUGCUGAGCACACACACACACACAGACUGCUGAGUACACACACAGAGACUGCUGAGCACACACACACAUACUGCUGAUUACACACACACACACACACACACACAGACAGACUGAGUGUACACACACAGACAGACUGAGUGUACACAGACAGAGUGCUGAGUGUACACACACUGCAUUGAGGGGUACAGUGUUUGUGUGUGGGGUGAUGUGUUUGUGUGUAGGGUGAUGUGUGUGUGUGUGGGGGGUGAUGUUUGUGUGUGUGUGGGGUGGUGUGUGUGUGUGUGGGGUGUGGUGUGUGUGGGGGGUGGGUGUGUGUGUGGGUGGGGUGUGUGUGUGUGUGGGGUGAUGUGGGGUGAUGUGUGUGUUUGUGUGGGGUGAUGUGUGUGUGUGUGUGUGUGUUUGUGUGGGGUGAUGUGUGUAGGGCAGGGGUGCUGUGUGUAGGUCGUCCCUUCCCCCCCCACUGUUUUCUUUCCCCCAUCUUCAGUUUUUUCCCCCCAUCCCUCCCUCAGUUUUCUUUCCCCCAUCCCACAUUCAGUUUUCUCAUCCCCAUACCUCAGUUUCCCCCCCCAUCUCUUCCUCAGUUUUCUUCCCCCCUCCCAUCUCUCCCUCAGUUUUCUCCCCCCCCCAUCUCUCCCUCAGUUUUCUUCCCCCCUCCAUCUCUCCUGGUUUUCUUCCCCCCUCCAUCCCUCCUUGUUUUCAUUCCCCCUCCCGCUGUCCUUGAUCUCCUACCUUGUAGCGCGGAGCUCAGUUUCCUGUACCCGGCCAGACAGGAGGUGCUCUCUCUGUGAGCACUUCAUUUCUGUCCGCCCGGGUACAGGAAACAUAAGUUCCUGUACCGCGGCGCGCUCGGCCACGCUAGACAGAGUGCCUGGCAGGAGGGAGCGCUAUGCGCUCACCUCCUGCCGGUCACUCUGGUUUUGCGCCUGCCGGGCCGGUGCACCCUAAGGCGGCCACUUGUGCCGCCUUAUGGAUGCGCCGGUGGAGCGCACCCUUCCUCCCUCCGGCGACCUGUGGCCGCAUGCCCACAGAGGGGGCUCGGCGUGCCAUAGGUUCGCCAUCACUGGCCUAAAACAUUCCAAUCUACUGUAUUUUCUUCAUAAUUUCUGUUUUAAUUAUUAACCCCAAAUGUAACAACAUAUCGGUAUCUCACUUGAAAAUCUCUCUCCCAGCCUCAUAGCCUGCUUAAAUGGACAAUAUAGGCACGCAGACCACUUCAACUCAUUUUAAGUGGUCUGUGUGCAUGUCCAUGUCCCCCUAAGCCCUGCAAUAUAAAACACUGCCGUUUCAUAGAAACUACAAUGUUUACAUUGCAGGGUUAAGACCGCCUCUAGUAGCAGUCCACCAGACAGCCACUAGAGGCACUUCCUGCUGUUUCACAGACUUUAACUCAGUUAAACAACGCAGGACGAGGACGUCCUCACGCUUUGCAUGAGUACACCCAGCUUCUUCAUAAUCCCUAUCCGAAAGCAUUGAUUCAAUGCUUUCCUAUGGAAAAGGCCCAAUGUGCUGUCAAUGCACAAUGCGCAUUAGGAUCCCACUUGGACUAACAUCAGAGAGGCGGAAUAAGGUGAGUGUGUAAAGGGUCAUUAACCCUUUAAUUGCUGCGGGGGGAUAGAGCACGGAAGCGAGAGGACACUAGUGUUAGGAAUACAGCUUUGUAACACUUAGUCCUAACACUAUAGUGUUCCUUUAAGAUGCUUAUAAGAUAGCGCCACCUAUACUAAUGUAAGUAAACUAACGCUAUUCUGAUCUUAGCACAUCUGAGAUCCAGGUUUAUACAGAGGUAAAGCAGGCAUAUGUGUUUGUUUUCAGCCCUUAUUGAAAUAAAUGUACGUGUUAACAGACAUUAAGAAUGUUCUUCAGUCAGCGACUCAUAAGAUAUGUUCUAGGGCAAUGGUUCCCAAAGUAUGGGUCGCGACCCACUGGUGGGUCACAGGGCGAUUCCCAGUGGGUCGCGCUGACCCUCACCUUGCAAUGUAUGCCGCCGGGCUCCCUCCAAUCAGUCUGCCCAGCACCUCCGGUCUGCAGCUCCGCCGGGUGCAGAGCUGCAGACCGUGUGAUAGAAGUCUCGUGAGCACCCAGAGCGUUACCAUUGUAACAUUUUGGGCGCUCGCAAGACUUUUAUUACACUGUCUGCAGCUCUGAACCCGGCGGAGCUCAGACCGGAGAACCACAGGACCACCAGGGAAUUUAUUACAGGUAGGAUACAGCCCCCAGACCAUGUCGCCCCCUUCAUGCAACUCCUUUUCUAAUUGCCCCCUGUAACCCAUCCACUCCCCGCCCCCCUGUAAUCCCUUCUGGCCCUGCCCCCCCCCGUAACCCCUUCACUCCCUGCCCCCCUGUAACCCAUUCUGGCCCUGUCCCCCCCUGUAACCCAUUCACUCCCUGCCCCCCUUGUAACCCCUUCACUCCCUGCCACUCAUGUCCCUGUCAAUGGAUGAUCCUGCAGUCUCGCAGGAUCCUCUAUACUAUAUAGACCUCUCACUGAUGGACGAGAGUACAACGCUGUCAUGGCCUACUGGCAGCUGUAAUUUCUGGACGCUGGAACUGUAGAGGACUGGCUGGAAAAGUAUGGUGGCGGUCACAAGCGUUGAGGUAAGUAGAACUCCCCUGCACCCCGCCGCAUUCGUGCACCCAGUGACAAAGUCGGCGUCAGGGAUCUUUGCAAAUUAUGCACAGAACCCAGACGGUGACAGGGUCGCUUUAAAUGCAAUUAUGGGUCAAAGUUCUAAACAUGGAGUAAUCAGCAUCAACAUUUAAUUGGUUUCCAUGGUGAUUGCCCCACUUCUAGCACUGUUCCUCAUAAAUGCUCUUUAUAGGUCAUCUUAAUUCCAUCAAGUAACAGUUUAUAAUUUACAGCAUGUGUGAUCUAUUCACUCUGGAAUAAAAUGAUGGAAUAAAUAAAUGAUUUAUGUCACUAUGUGCUCAGGGAGAUAGAAACAGGCCCGUGAACAAUCCGCAUUUUGUUGUGAUGAUGUGAUACUGAGGUUUCAAAUGAUCACAAGAGGUUACUCUGUAUCUGAACAUGAUGCACGGAAUUCUAGCUAGAUCCCAGGACAGGAUUGUGUUGGAAUCAGAGACAUAUUUAUUACAGGAGUUAUCUAUCAGUACAUCAUGCAGGACAGGUUUAUUCCAUUGGAGAGAAAAUCGUUAAUCAAGCCAUAAGUGCUAUAAAGAUUUCUGGUAGAAAUGUGUUUUUUUUUUUUUAUCGUAAUAUGUGCGUUUAUUAAAGCUGCUCAGAGAAAUAGCAAAGAAUCCAUUGUAAAGCAAGAACUGAUCUUCAUGUUAAAAUACUAUCCACAUAUUCCUAUCUUUUACUUGUCAUUACACGACUUGUAUAUUCGUCUCAUGUUUUCGUUAAAGGCACACACCAAGCACCAUAACCACAUACAUUCCUUCCUGUGCCAGCAGAGCCCUGGUACUCCCCACAUCCUCCCCAUUGUGUGUGUGUGUGUGUGUGUGUAUAUAUAUAAUCAAAAUUAUUUGAAUGGUUUAACUUACCAUCUUACCUGAAGUCUGCCAGGCUCUGCUUCCCACCUCCACUACUAACUCUGGAGAGUCAUAUGCCUAACAUGGUCAGCUGUAGCAGUUAUAAGAGUAGGAGUACCCUGGCCGCUUUCCGGUAAUGGGGCAAUCCAUUAAGUAACAGUUUGCACUCUUACCUGGGUUCACACUAGGCUCUGAGGCUCAUCUUCUUCUUGGUGAUGGACUUCCGGCUACUGCACAGCUAAAGAAGCCAACGCAUUUACCAUUCACGUACUGAGAGUGUCAGCUGGCCACCUUCAGCCAAUGAAUGGCACUCUGUGCAAAAACAAUGCUCAGAACUGAAAUAAGCCUGGGACUCUUCAUCCGUGCUGGCUGAUGACACCCCAUGAUGCUGUUUCACAGCGAAACACUGAACAUACAGACUCCAGACACCAAGACAAUUACAAAUCACUGAAAUUGUCAUGGUGCUUGGAGUAACACAUUAAACUCCUUUAAUGCAGUCUUAUCUUGAAACAGCACAGUAGGUUCCAUAGGUCUGGAGAUAUCAGAUGGUGGUACUGAAACAAUUUAAAGACCAGGCAACCUCAGAGAAAUAAUAGUGCUCUCUGGACCAAACCAGAAAAAGUUAUUAUAAGGAGAAUUACAGUAUAUACUCGAGUAUAAGUCUAGUUUUUCAGCAAAUUUUUUGUGCUUAAAAACCCCUACUCGACUUAUACUCGAGUCACUGUCUGUAUUAUGGCAACUUAGAGAGCCGCGGCCGUCAGAGCCAUGGCAACGAUCCGCGCGGCAACCAGACCGCGAGACUUAUAGUGGAGCUGACCGAAACGGAGGAGAAGGGAGCUGACAGGAGCUGCAGGAAAGGUAAGUAAAUGCUUCCUGCCGGACCCCCCACUUCACAGCCCAUGCCACUGGACCACCAGGGAUUAAGAUAGCCCCCCUCCCUGACCAGUUAACAAGCAGGGAGGGGGGACAAAAAAAAAAUUAAAAUAAUAAAAAAAUAAUAUUAAAAUAAAAAAAAAUUAAAUAAUAAAAAUGCCCUCCCCCCACCUAGUUCACACACACUACACAAACACACACUCUGCAUUAUAUACACAGAGUGUGUGUAUAUAAUGCAGAGUGUGUGUUUGUAUGAGUGUGUAUAUAAUGCAGAGUGUGUGUUUGUAUGAGUGUGUGUGUAUAUAAUGCAGAGUGUGUGUUUGUAUGAGUGUGUCUGUGUAUAAUGCAGAGUGUGUGUUUGUAUCAGUGUGUGUGUAUAUAAUUAUAAAAAUCACAGAAUUUCAUAGCCCCAAGUUUUACCCUCGACUUAUCCACGAGGCAUAGCAUAUUUCACAAUUGUUGGUCACAAAACUGCACUCGACUUAUACAUGAGAUCGACUUAUACACGAGUAUAUACGGUACUCACACUUUAAGGAGCAGGCACACCGCUCUACGAAUAAAUCUUAUUUGUGGACCCAAUCCUUGGUUAGGAUUAGGAAGGUAGGAACCUACUGCGCUGUUUCAAGAUAAGAUUUUUCUCUAUAUAUUGUUAUCUCACUAAAAACACGAUACAUUCCACAUCUGGACUUUAUCUUUGUUUUAUCCUUUGUUUUUUUGUUGUUUCCUACCUUUAAGGGACACUUUUAGGUCUAUUGCAGAUAUUACACAGUUUUUUUAUGUUUUUUGGCGCAUGCUGGUAUUUUCAAUUUUUUUUUGUCUCCACUGGUUUUGUGGAUUUUUGGAGGGAAUCCCCUACCUUUCAGAUUUGCUGCCUCCCCAUCUAAUUUUGUUCAGUUUUCUAAGCGCUGCUGCACACUCUUUGAUUUUCCCUCUUUUUAAAAGGAACCUUUUAACAUAUUGUUUCUGUUCAUUUUGUUCAUUUGUUUUUCAUAACUUGUUAUUUUUUACUAUUUCCGACUGUACAAUGCUGCGGAAUGUGCUGGCAUUAUAUAAAUAUUAAUUAGAAGAACCUUUUCUACCACUGUAUGCAGACGCGGUUUCUGUAAAAUUUCUCCCGGUGUUUCAGGUCCUAUGAUUACAUGUUGAACAUAAUUUGUUACAAGGUUUUAAUUACCAAAUUGGUCACCAAGACCAGAUUGGAAAUAAACAUUGGGAUCCAAACUGAGGCCUUUUCUUGCACUGUGCCUGGUAAUCGUUAGGUGUGAUUAUCUUCUGUGUGCAUUCUAGAUAAACCCAUAAUGAAAUGGAGUACUUUCUGCUGAUCGAGCAAAAAUUUGAGGUAUUAUAUUUAGUAUUACAUUCCAUUAAAUGCUAAAUAUUUAGGAACACUUAUGUUUGGUCUCACUUUACCAAAAAAAACAUCUAAAUAUGUAACCAUUUAUCUACCAGAAUGGAGCAUAAACUUUUUAAUUUUAUGUAUUUUGCAGAAUGAUAUUUAGUCCACAAAGCCACACUUAUUUCCACUCUGGUUUUGAUUAGCAGCAUGUAGAGGAACAAUUUUAUCUUGCUGAAGCCACUUGUGACUGACUUAAUGCCUACAAGUUUACUGAAAAUGUCAACUCACCCACUGCUCCAGUAGAUGUAGGUGUAGUGUCUUUGUAGUGGAUGUAUAGUGGGUGCAGUGUCAGUGUUUGUGUAGUGGGUGCAGUGUCUGUGUAGUGGGUGCAUUGUCUGUGUUUGUGUAGUUGAUGCAGUGUAGUCCGUGUAGUUGAUGCAGUGUAGUGGAUGCAGUGUCUGUGUGUAGUGCAUGUACUGUAUGUAGAAUCUCUGUGUAGUGCAUGUAGUGUGUGUAGUGGAUGCAGUGUCUGUGUGUCGUACAUGUAGUGCGUGUAGUGGAUGCAGUGUCUGUGUGUAGUACAUGUAGUGGAUGCAGUGUCUGUGUGUAGUGCAUGUAGGGUGUGUAGUGGAUGCAGUGUCUGUGUGUAGUACAUGUAGUGUGUGUAGUGGAUGCAGUGUCUGUGUGUAGUACAUGUAAUGCAGGUAGUGGAUGCAGUGUCUGUGUGUAGUACAUGUAGUGUAUGUAGUGAAUGCAGUGUCUGUGUGUAGUACAUGUAGUGGAUGCAGUGACUGUGUGUAGUGCAUGUAGUGUGUGUAGUGGAUGCAGUGUCUGUGUGUAGUACAUGUAGUGUGUGUACUGGAUGCAGUGUCUGUGUGUAGUGCAUGUAGUGGAUGCAGUGUCUGUGUGUAGUGCAUGUAGUAUGUGUACUGGAUGCAGUGUCUGUGUGUAGUACAUGUAGUGUGUGUACUGGAUGCAGUGUCUGUGUGUAGUACAUGUAGUGUGUGUACUGGAUGCAGUGUCUGUGUGUAGUACAUGUAGUGUGUGUACUGGAUGCAGUGUCUGUGUGUAGUACAUGCAGUGUGUGUAGUGGGGCUGUGAGGGGCGAUCAGUUUUCUUAAAAUGUAUUCCCUCCUCCUUGCCUCCUACCUGUGGUCCAGUGACACAUAUGUCCUGUAGAGAGGGGGCCCAGAAGUAUCUUUCCCUCCUGCACCUGUAUGUCUUCUCCUCUCACGAACCGAUUGAGUGUUGCCGCUGGUUGCUAUGGGAAUACUCCGCAUAUGGCAGAGCAUUGCCAUGGCAACCCGCGGCAACGCUCUCACGGUUUGCGAGAAGAGCAGAUAUGAAGCUGCAGGAGGAGAACUUUAGACCUCUGGGCUCCCUCUCUACAAGACAAGGUAGCAGGGGCCCAAAACUACAUAUAUAUAUAUAUAUAUCGGUAACCGCUAUAUAUAUGCAUAGGCGGCCCAGGCUCCACAGCAGGUACUUUACAGUGUACAGGGGCGGCAAAAUGCCACCCCUGUAAAAGUGCCACCUGGAGUCGUGGCCCCACUGGGGACAAUGGACGGGCCAGCCCUGCUUGCUUCAAAUAUAUGGUAUUCUAACAUGUUUGUAAUCAAAAAGUGCUUGGUAGUGAAGGGGUUAAGGGUUUAUCCACUAAACCAUGAAAGUUUUUGGAAUUCAGGCCAACACUACACAAGCUGUCACUGGUUUAAACUUUACAAUUAAAUUAAUGACCAUAGUCCUUUCUCAAAUCAUCCGAGCAACUGAUUUCCUUAACCAAUGAGCCAUUUUACUGGCUACAGAUCAGUGCAGAGGAAGAUGGAAUUUGUAACAUUGUUGAGGAUGAUAAUAUUUGAGGUGCCAAUAGGCACAUUAUUCUUAGGCUUCCCUACUCACAUCCCCUCUGAAUUUUAUAAAAUAAGGAAAAAUAUGACAUUUAUAGUCACACGCCCAUAGGCAGCUGCCUAGUCUGCCAAUUGGUAAAUCCUUCUCUGAAAGAUUUAUAGUUUGGCAAAAGAUAGACGUCUUUGUUGCUGAACCCUGGCUUGACAUGACUGAGUGAGUGAGUAAAGCAGUAGUUCAUCUGGUAGUGUAAUGGACUAGGUUUCCCAUGAUGCUUUGAAAUGAUGACCCAUGUGACUGGCUGAGCAAUGUGCGAAGUGCUAUUCAAACCAACUGAGGUGCCAGAGGUUAGCCAACGGUGCCAAAGGUUAGCCAACGGUCUAUUCACCAAACCUCAUGCUUCCUGUUUUUAGUUCGGGAAGACUGGCUGACCUGUGACCUCCAGAGGUAAGUUAUACAGGUCAAAAGAAACAUCUGACAUUUAAUACGCAAAGGUUUCCAGUUUGAUAUUCUUUAGAGACAUUAGAAUUCAAAAGUUGUUUUUGACCCGGCCGUGCACCUCUUAAUCUUCUCGAUGGUUAAAUAAGACGAUUUUAAUGCAUUGUGAUAGAUUCCUGGUAAUAUGAACUUUGUUUCUUACCACCAGCCAAAAUAAACUCAAAAAACACAUAAUGUGUCUCCCUCCUGCUGUAAGCACCAGUCGAUUAGCAUCUGUAAUUCUAUCCGUGGAUCAUAUAAUAAAAAAAGAACAAUAAUAAUUAGUUGGCAGACCUUUCAAGGUAUUUUCCCCAGCGUAGUUUUCCUAGAAAUCCCUUUGACUUAAAACGCAGCUGUUAUUGAAGGGGAACAUCUUUGUGUUGGAGGUCGAACGAAACAAACGAUGUGGAUGACAGCAUGGAUCAUUGGGUAAUAUUGACACGUACAUGGGUUGUGUAUUUAUACAAGUUAAACCAUUAUUAGAUUUUAGCUGACUGCAGCCGGCCAGCCAAAAAAAGGAAAAACGAACGCAUAGUUGAAAAGGACUAAAAUAUUUUUCUUGGUUGGAAAUCUUUGUGAUUUCAUUAGCCUGACCCCCUUCCCAAUGGUAAGGACAUGAUAUUAGCUUGCAUGGACAACGCGUGUACGGAGGCAUUGUUCCAACACUGCAGGCUCCCACUAGCAAUAUAAAUAUUCUGGGUUAUGUGGAGUCAUCGAUGGGGUCAACUUAUUCUAGAGAACUGGAUAUCGCUGCACUUGGAAAUGCGGAAUCAUCAAAGUAUCCAGAGAGAGGCUUGGAGUGAUAGGAAAGCACUUCAUUGAAUCAUAUGACUAUUCCAUCAAAGGCAAUGUUACUUCUAAACAGUGUACAGACUCAUACAGUGCGAAUUGCAGGGAUUCAACGCGAAUUUUAAAUUUUUUAUUCAAAAUUCUCAAAGUGUCAAACGUCUCCAUAUAAGCUUUAAUUUUGUUUCAGAUAUUUUGGUCUGAAAUAUAAAAUGUAAUCUGAAUUUGCUUUAAAUUUCUGAUGAGUCACAUAGUAAAUACCCCGAAUGACAAUAAGCUCACUCCUGUAACAUGUAAUGUAGCACGCCUCUAAUUAUGUAUACACUAGAGCCAUUCCUCCCCAGUGCCUCUCUUUUCAUUCCUGCUGUCUGUUUUUUUUUUUUUCAGCAGCUCAGCAUAUUUUCCCACUUUUGCGCUGACCACAAAACUUUUUUUUUUUGUGUGUGGGUAUUGUGAUAUUUCCUACGCAUUAAGGUAAUUUUGUGCUGCAUAAACUGUGUCAGACCACCUAUGUGCUAAGAAGCAUAGUAUGUUAUACUUAUUCAAAUUAUUCAGUGUACAUUGUGUAUAGUGAAAACAUUAUUUAACUUUUUCAUUAUGUGUUCCCUGCGUAUACUUUUUUUGCGAGUGAAAAUUAAUGUUAACUUUUAUGUGUAUAUUGUAUGUUUUGUGAAGGUUUUUUUUUUUUUUGGUUACAUGUAUAUUUUGACUUAAUAAAGUCACUGACCCUUUUAUUUGAUAAAUUCCAAUUAUUUAUAUAGCAUUGACAUAGUACUCAGCGCUGUACAAUAGGAAACAAGACGAACAUUUAAUUCUAAGAAAACAAGUAUGACAUACGAGAUCAGUCAGGAGGUCAACCAGCACUCGAGUUAUGUUUACAUAGUAAGUGCUGAUAGGAGAAGGGGUGCCUACCAAUUAUGACUGUAGAGUUGGUCUUAGUAGCAGCACAGAUUUUUAGACAGUAUUUAUGUUGUAUCAAUAUCUUCUUAACAGACAACAUGAUGUAAUGUACAACAUUCGGACACAGGGGACAUGAAAGACAGUUCCACGUAAUGACCUGACCUACAGCUUCCAGACCUCAAGACUUGUAUUGAGACUUUAGAGACAAUUUGUGAUCUGUGUUCUAGAUUGCAUUGUAUUUCUAUAUCUUGAUGUAGAAAGAAUGGUUGGCUAAAAAGAUGAUGAGAUAGUUUAGAGUUGAAAGCUCCAGAUGUGAAUCAUGGUAAGAUCACCCCAUCAUUUCAUUCCAAGAAGGUCCAUAGAAACAGUACCAUUGAAGGAACACUAUAACACACAAACAUGUAUCCUGACCCUAUACUGUUAAAACUACCAUCUAGACUCCCUUGCCCCCCUAAACCUAGUAAAAUCUUACUUGUAUUAAAGUUUGCAGUUGCUGGCUCUGCCCCUGAUCUGCCUGCUUGGCUGACAUCAUCAGAAAUGUUGUUCUGUAAACCUGAUGGAAUGGAUUGCCCAUUGAGCAAUCUGAGAUACCUGUCAACAACUUAACUUCUCCAAAGAAUAACAGAAUAAGAGUUCUGUUUUAGAACGGGAUGAGUUGACAUUGUAUUAAGAUACCCAAUAACGUAACAGUUAAAUGUAUGACCUGGAUGUACAGAAUGAAUUAGUUGGAUGUUAUAUUUUGGCUUGUUUCUGUGAUCACCAUGAACUUUUGACAUGUUCUUACAGAUGGUGGGACGCCACAUGUAUUCGGGCAGUGCGGACCGGACAGUGAAAUGCUGGUUAGCAGAUGGCGGGCAAUGUAUAAGGACUUACAAAACUCACAAACACAAUGUCAGCACCUUGAAAUAUCAUUCUGGAUUCUGUGAGUUAUCUCAAAGUUACUUGUUACUGUAUUUGUUUGGACAUAAAUACCAAAAUUGUCAAAGCCCCCUACUCGAGGGCAAGUAAUUCACAAGGUUUUUAGGAUACCACUGAGUGUUAUAUUUAACCAAAACAGAGAGCAAUGCUCGAGCAAAGUGUUUAAAGGGUUACUCCAACCACCAUGACCACUUUUGCCUUUAGAAGUGAUCAUGGUGGCAGGAGUCUGUAUGUGCAGUGUUUCUACCUAAAACACUGGACAUAUACAGAUAAUUGCACAAAAAAGUACUCCCAACUGUUUUCCAAAAAUUUUCCCAAUUGUCCAUGAGAUGAAAACUGACCCUAUAUAGCUCUCAGCAAAUAUGCCAAAAUUGUAUUUUGUUUGCUGUAAGUUUCACGCUUGGUGUAAAAGACAAUACCGAGGCAGCUAUCUUUGUAAAAUUUAGAAAAAUAUCAAAAUAUAGAAGUGAGCAAAGAAAUUCAAAUACACAUUUUUAAUGCAGUUUGAGUUUAAAUAAAAGAAAAGGGCAAAUGGAAGGGUGAGUUGGAAACCACCAGGGGGAAUACACAAGAGAAUAAACUAAAAACAGUAUUGGGAGUCCAGCCAAGUAAGAUAUAUGUUGACUUGUGUUUUGUUCUGAGCAGAGAUAAGCGCUUUCAUUUUUUUAUUACACAAGCCAGAUUUCAGUUACUGCUCGUACUUCAUUAAAAUAAAUGGUAAAAAGCAUAAAGUAUAGAAACAGAUGUUCUGAUGUGGUAUUACACCAUUUUAAUCUUUCAUCUGUUCCUGAUUUUGGGUCCACACAAGGGCCCACCUGCAGCUUAAAUUAUGACACUCAAUCCUUCUGGUUAAAAGUUGAAAAAAAUCACGUGCUUUCUAAAGACUCUACAGCGUGGUCUGGCGAGUCGUUUUAGUGGAUAAUGAAACGACUGAAUAUAAUUACUCUGUAAUGUUCAUGGCGUGCGCUAUCUGCUGUGGAUUGAGUUGAAAUGUCACUGUUUUUAAUCACGCUUCUGUGUUCUUUAACAAUACACAUUAGUAGCAAGGGGAAAAUAUAUUUUUUGGGAUUUUUUCAGCAAUAGGUCACUGUUGUUUUAUGGUUUGUAUCUGAUAACUUAGGUCCAUCUCACAAAUAAAGCCUUAAUGCAUAUUAAGAAUCUAAAUGUAUAUAUUACAUUAUUAUUAUUAUUUAAUAAUAACAUACAAUUUAAUUAUUAUUUUAAUAAAAUAUAUUAAUAAUGUUCGCUCUUCUAAAGUAAAGCUCUGAAGGCUGAUGAUUUAGGUUCAGCCUUGGCUUUAACCCCUUAAGGACCAAACUUCUGGAAUAAAAUGGAAUCAUGACAUGUCACACAUGUCAUGUGUCCUUAAGGGGUUAAAGAGACACUUUGGUAAUGAUGACACAAUAACUAACUAGGACUUAGGAGGUUUUUAAUAAAAGCACAACUAACAGCUGUUUUAUGUUAUAUGGAUCUGCAUGGCCGUUCUGGCACAACCAGGCAUUCAAUGCAAGUUUCAAAAUACCCCAUGGUUCCUUGAGUGAGUCUCAUGACGUAUGGCCAAUCCAGAGCAUUUGCAGUGAGUCUUAAUCACACAAGCGAUCUCUUGGUUCUGUGUUUUGUACUUUGCACAUUUUUCCUCUAGAGCAGGGUUCUCCAAACUCUGGCCCUCCAGAUGUUGCUGAACUGCAACUCCCAUGAUUCUUGGAAUGAAACAGAUAGCCAGAGCAUCAUGGGAGUUGUAGUUCAGCAACAUCUGGAGAGCCAGAGUUUGGAGAACCCUACCCUAGAAUAAUAUUAACCAAAGGCUAAAGGUUCUAGCAGGCUGUUAACAGAGAGAGAUUCCAGACCACAUUAGACCCACUGUACAAAAAGCAAAGCUUAACAUUUAGUCUCUGGGCUCUGCAGAACUGAAACAUUUCAGAAUUAAAGAGACAGAUUUUUAUUUUGACACACACACAUUAAUCUUUAGAUUACCCCCUUUCCAGAAAAGAAUCUUCGUGUUUCUAAACUAUUACAAAUACUUUUCCCAUGUAGAAACUGGUGGGGGGCUGCCCCCGGCACUCCUAUGGACGAGCCACACUGGCACCAUUAUUAUCCUCUUUCUAUUGGAUAUUCUUAUCUGUAUUUAUGUCCCCAUCAGUUACGUCCUUUUACUGGAGUGGAAAAAGGAUGUCAAAAAACAGAUUAAGGAACAGCGCACUCAAAAAAAUAUACAGUUUUAAAUCUUACAAGGCUACUUAAAAUCCCUUAUCUUAGCAAACAAACAUGGGGAUUCAGUUACACCAAAUGGCCAUAUUGUGUUAAGUCCACCACUGCGUAACACGAUACCCCAAUAACAGGGGUUCUACACUCAUUUUAACACGGGAGAUAAACAUGCUAACUGCAAUACAAAAAGUGACCAAAAUGCAAAGUCCAAUGUUUAGGCAAUAAGCCACCGCCUAAUAAAACAAGUAUAAACUUCAGUGUUUAAUAAGAGAAUUACAUGCAAGUGGACAGGGACUUACCCAUAUAUUUCCGACAUGAACAGUUGGUUUGUCAUAUAUAAAAGAAAAGAUACAAUAGUGCAAUAUUGUAAAAAUAAGUAUAUGUGAGGGAAUAUGAAUGUUCACAAUUGUAGAGCCUUAUAAGCGCUGUGGCUCUGAAUCUAAGCAUUUGCUCUGCCUUUUGGUGGCAAUGCAACCUCUUCUGUGGAUCUUUCAGAUUACUCCAGUAAAGUAUGUACUAAACAGGAGACACAAGAUAUAGAGAAUAGUGCAAUAUAAUUUUAUCAUAUAGGUAGCAAUGUAGAUUUGUUCAUUUUCUCACUGUUUCUGGAGCCCUUAAUAUGCUAGGUCCAUUCCAAGCUUUAGCACAAUUUGUUGCAGUUUCGAUGCCAGCUCACCAAAUCUCACUAUGUAGUGAAUAAACUGUUGCAUUCAAUAUGCAUACUAUGGCUCAUUAUCCGACAAAGUGGAGUUGCCCAAAUUGUGAAUUAAGGUGAAUGGCUGUGAUGCAGUGCUCAAUGGAAAUCCACCAUGACCAAAAAGUGGGCAAAUUGACGUGUGUGUUGGGUUCACAGAAAAGCCUGCAAGUCAGCCAACCUGGGUGCCCAUCAUCUGUCUGUCUGUGCUUUUGUCUCUGUCUAUUCGGCUCUAAUCUAAUGUUAGUCAUCGGUGGCAUAUAAUUGCCAAAGUGUUAUGAUAGUGGCUGCCAUUGUUCCUUAAUGGGUUAAUAGAUGAGGUUUAAAUCUGUAGUAAACAUGUCAGCCUUGUCUCGUGACAUAUGUUUAGAUCCAAAGCUCCAGCACAGCAGGUUGCUAUAGCCCGGGCAGGGCGGAGUGCACAGCUGAAUGACUUUAACGCAUUACAGUUAAUGGCCGAGAUACAGAGUGAGGCCAACACAGUUCACUGACUGAGCUUAGCUUUAGCAAGCACUGUUUAAAAGCCAUCGCCCUCUGAUUUAUUACAUACUCGAGUCAAAUCCACUGAGUCUUGUAAAAAUAAAAUUCAUUGAUCAUUGCCAAGGAUUUCCAUUUUGGAGAAUAUUCUCUGUAAAGGGCAAUCCGAGCAGCAGAAGAGCAGAUAUAGCUAUGAAACUAAUGAAUGGAACCUGUGCAUGUAGCACCUGGUUUUGCCAAUAGGCAUCUAUGAUCUACCAAUAGGCACCUGUCCACUAGAGUUGUAUAUCCUGCCUAAAGAUGUUUAUCCUUUUGCUAUGGUUAUUGAAAUUUUAUUUUAUUCUGGAGGUAGAGAGAGAUGUACAUCCUGGCUCUUUUGUGAAUCCUCGAAAUAUCAUUGAGCAUGCAGCAUAGAGAUGGAGAUAUUGGUGUCAGAAUUCUCUGCCUACAGGCUCAUGAGUCGUGAAUCCUCCACGACCCACUCCCUCCACUGAGUUCAGAAGUCUUGGAAAGCUGGAGGCAUUAAAGGACCACUAUAGUGCCAGGAAAACAAACUUGUUUUCCUGGCACUAUAGGGUCUUUGGGUCCCCCCCACCCUCUGGGUGCCCUUCCUGCCGGGCUGAAGGGGGUGAAGGGGGAGGAAGGGGUGAAAUUUUUACCAUUCUCCAACGCCGGGCUCCCUCGGCGCCGGGGACUCUCCUCCCUCUUCCGACAUCAGCGCUUUGAGUCAGUCCAUUUCUCAAUGCUUUCCUAUGGACGCUGGCGUCUUCUCACUGUAAAAAUCACAGUGAGAAUCGUGGAAGUGCCUCUAGCGGCUGUCAAUGAGACAGCCACAAGAGGCUGGAUUAACCCUAUUGUAAACAUAUUAGUUUCUCUGAAACUGCUAUGUUUACAGCAGGCAGGGUUAACACCAGAUGGACCUGGCACCCAGACCACUUCAUUAAGCUGAAGUGGUCUGGGUGCCUAUAGUGGUCCUUUAGGAGAACUUAUCUAAACCUGUUCCUCUCUCCUUAGUUUUUAUGAGUUAUGGAUCUAUAUUGUUUUGUUUUCAGCUUUAGGUUCAGUGCCUGGAUUGAUGCUGAACAUAGCGUUGGAUGCCCUAGACAACACAACAGGGAGAGUUACAUAUUACUCAUUUAGUAGAUAGCUAUGUGCCAAGAUGUUUGUGGUAAAACAAAACACAACAAAACUCCCCACAGUGCAAAUGGAAAAAUUACUGUUGUGCAUCACCGGCAUAUCUCAAGUUGGACUUUGGGAAGUCCCCCUUGGGCACAGAAACUCGAGAAAUCAAGUUUCCAUAACUAUCCCAGUUCCCAGCUUGACAUGCAAAUGAGGACAGACAUAUUCAUUCUGCAUAUAUGUAGGUAACGUUAGCAAUGGAUGCUGUUCUUAACACUAUUUGAACUUCCAGACCAGAAUCGGCAUCAUGCUGAUGAGCCCCACAAGGUUAAAAACGCAGUCAUAACCCGUGCUCUGGUUUAACCAAAUACUGUGUUUAAAAUAGCGUCCAUCUUAUAGACUGUAAGCUCGUUUAAACAGGGUCCUCUUCAACCUAUCAUUCCUGUAAUAAUAAUAAUAAUUGGCAAGUGUAUCGAAAUGCAAGGUAUAUUCUGAAACACAAUACCAGUCUCUGGGUCAUUUUCAUGUCAAGCUGGAAACUCUGGAAAGUUCCCUUUGGGUAAAGAAACUUGAGAAAUUGUUUCUACAUCUAUCCCAAAGUCCAUCUUGAGGUCAGCAGGUGAUCCAUAACAGCAAUCUUUUUAUUUAAUAGAGACAGAUAAUUUUUUUAAUGGUAUUUAUAAAUUUUUUGUCUUCUGCCAUUUUAAUUGCCAUAUAGUCCUCUCUAUGUCCUCUAAAGCCUAACCCAGGGAUUGGCAAUCUUCGGCACUCCAGAUGUUGUGGACUACGUCCCCCAUAAUGCUCUUACAACCAUAAUGCUGGCAAAACAUCUGUGCCGAAGGUUGUCUAUGCCGGGCCUAACCUCUCCUGCUGUUUUUUUUUUUUUUUUUUUAUGGAUACACCUAGCGGUCCUGAAUAUUAUUCAGUAUUUCUUACACACCCUGGUACAACAACGUCCUCUUUUAUUGCACUUUGAAUUUUUAUAACUAAUUUCUCUAAUAUUAACAAUGAAUUACAAGGAAGUGCAAACCUUUUAUCCUAAACUAAUAAAAGUAAAAUUUUAUUAUUUCCUGUUUUCUCCCCUUUAUCUCAUUGUGGUCCUUUUCCUGUGGGUUGACAUUGAAACCAUGCUGUCUCUAUGUCAAUCUUGCUUUUUUUAAAGAAAGCUGAGCAGCACAUGAAAAACAGUUGACAAGUCAUAGGUGAUUUUUAAUGUUUUUUUCAUUGACUUACUUUACAGAGUGUCAGUUUCCUUUUACAAGCGUUCCUAGGUGUCUUUACCACUUACAUCAAAAUGAUUAUCAGUUUCUAAUCUAUAAUUAGCAUGCCAGACCUUCCCCACAACCUUAUUUUACUAACUUUAUUUAACAUGCGUAAAUAUAUUAACUGCACACAUCAAACUAAAGCGGUGUUUGGAAACGAUCAUUUGUCUUGGUUUCCAUUAUGUAUCAAUAUGUAUCAGCUAUAGUACAGGGGUACAUAUUGCCGAAUGUGCGGUCUGAUGACUGUUAUUUUGCUGUCUAGUGUUUACAGGAAGCGGCGAUUCCUGCGCCCGAGCUUUUAAUACGAAGGCUGGAACCUUUCAUCAUGUUUUUGAGGGACACGCGUUCAUCAUUAACUCUCUCCAGGUGUGUUAUUAAAUACCUUGUUUAUACAUAAUUUUUCCUGUCACAAAAUAGAUUCUAAAAUUUCCAGAUAUGCUUUGUCUUAAAAAUAUUUAACUUGAUAUCAUGUGACGCAAUGGAUAGAAAGUUAACUGUAAAUUGUGCUAAUCUAUUUUAGAUCCAUAACAACUUCCUGUAUACUGCAUCGCAUGACGGGACACUGAGAGUCUGGGAUAUUAGUGGCUUCUAUGAAUACAGCAAGCAUCAGAAAAAAAGAUCCUUACGCAGCACCAAUUCCCAGAAAGGAAGCCUGUCCCACAUUUUUAAUAACAAAGUUGGCUGCGCAACGGACGUGAAUGUAGAAUAUGACCCAGCCGAUAUGGUGUGAUACAAAAAGAGCCUUCCACCAGCGUCAAAGUCUGGAGAACAACUCAUUUUUAGUUUAGAGGUGUCCCACCAUGGCAAAGAGUAUUGGCACAGAUUACAUUUGUCUUGAUCACUCUUGCUCUUUCACACUCCUGGUGUAUUGAAAUGGUGAAUUCUGUGGAAACUUAUAUAAAUCCACAAAUAUCGCCAGACGGGAUCACCACUCGUGCAACAUUUAUUUAUGGUGGAAAAUAAUGAGUAAAGCUGGCUGGAUACAAGUGUUGGUCUGACAUGACAAGGUGUGAUCGCCUUUCCAUAAUGCCUCUAUUUAUUUAUCGACCAGUUAGUCUCCUUACGGACCAGACUUGAGAACUUCACUUUUUCUAGAGGAUACAAUCAGAACCAUUUCACAGGAUGCAGCGAAUGGACUUGUUUAGUUAUACAAAACAUUAAGGACAUUGCAGAGCAGGAUUGAAAUGUCGGCUAAAUAUGUCGUAGUAGAACUGUAUUUAUGUUUUUAUUUUGACCGUCGUGGUUUGUACAGCCAUUUCAUGGACAAUCAGUAAAUUGUUCACAUCAAGAAAUAAAUAUUUCUUAAUCUUUUGAAAAAGGGCAUAAAAUCUCUUAUCAGAAACCCACACAAGACAUUGAAAAACACAGUAUAGUUAGUAAAAUAAACACAUAUUUUUUUUUUUUAAUUUGUUGUGAAGUAGAAAUCUCUUCCACUGGCACAUAAUAUGUGGCCUAUUUAGUAAAUCCAGGGAGAUAGUAAACAGGGUAAAUGUCUGCAACCUGGGCAGGGUUUAAAAAGCACAAUGCCUUCCGCUUCUGUUGAAUAGGCAGAGGCAUAAAAAUGCAAAGGCUGAAUCUGUGCAUGGAUGGUUUUGGACCCCCUCUGACAAUCAUAAUCCUUCUAUGAGAUAAACUCCAUUCACCCUGUGGGGCCUAGCAGGAGAAAAGGACGAUACAUUUCUGACUUUUCUACGUCCACACAUAGCAUCACUGUUGUGGUUACGAAAAACUCAAGGGAACGCCAUUCAUUGGUGCAGGACAUUGAAUAGAAUUCAGUUUUACCAGAGUUUAGACCUCCACAUGACAAUAAAUGGAGUGAGAGAUGUUUUAACCAGAAGAAUAAUAACUUGAGUGGGAGCAAUGGUUUUCUCCUGUAUUUAGUAGGAUUUACAAAAUCUCUGACCCGCAGAGUCCUUCCCCUUGUUCAUACACAACACUCUGUGAAUGAAGAAAGUAGGAAGGUGGGCUCACAGAGUUGGGAGCUAUGUUUGUGAUUCACAGUCCAAACCAUAAGAAAGCCAUGUCUGAAGUUUAUUGUGCUUUCUACUCUCAUAGGGAUACUAUUUCAUCAUUACUGAAAAACUGCACGUAAAUGACUAAAUUAGCUGAUAAUGGCAGGAUUCAUAGACAGAGUAUUUCAUACAGAUGUCUGGUCAGCUAGCAAUAGGCCACCUGGUCUAACACGAUUUGAAAUCUAAGAGGGUUGACCAUUUAUUGCAACAUUAUUUUCCAAGUUUAUUUCUGCAAAUUAUAUAUAAUCGAAUAAAUCAAACCUGAUCGUUUCAGAUUAACACUUACAUUGAAUGAAUGCAUUGGGGUUUAACAUUGUAGAGGUACAAUGUCAUAUUUAAGAAGAUUUAAAUAAAUAUGAAUUUCCAUUUUAAUACACAUAACCAGUUCAUUUGUUUGUCCUUGUAAAAUUCAUAUGAGCAUGUCAGCUGAGCCACUUUUUUUUCCUCUUUAAUCUGUAGCCUCACCUUCUUUAUUUAUUGUUAAUAGGCUUUAUGGAGAACUUGAAGAAUGUGAUUAACAAAAAGAAAAAAUUGUUUAAGGAGGUGAAUGAAGCUAUGUAAUGUGUUACCACUUUGUUUUCACCAGUAAAACCAGAAGUUUUGGUCAACGAAAAUAUCUCCCCUUUUCUCACGUUAUCAACCUUUACUUUUUAUUUAUUGAUUAUGAACAUUACAAAGGACUUUCAGGAUUAGAAAAUUUGUUUAGGAGAAGCAGACACAUUCUCAAUGUUAGCAAUGGUAAAAGCAGCGAGUACAUACAUACACACACACAAACACUUUCCACCAGGAGUCGGUUAAAGUAAAUCUAAAGGGUAAAUUCACAAAACAGUGAAAAAUGAAUCAAACAGAACCAAAAGUUGGAAAACUGUAGUAAUGAACAAUGAUAAAAUAAUAAAUAUGCUUAAAAUAUAUGGAAAAUUCAGUCCAUGAAAAUGAAAGAAAGGUGCUGUCCUUAUAUAGUGCAAGAAUGUUUCAGCUUAUACUUACGUGAUUGGGAUAUUCCUGCUAUUGAGGAAAAAGUCAGAGGAUUCCAAAAAGCUGAAAAAUACUAUAGUAUAAUACUGUAUCUAGUGGGUAAGGUAUAGAUACAGAUACGUAGAUGUCCUUAAAUAAUUUGUGAUGAUCCGAUGAAUCUAAAAUACAGAAGACAGAGAUAUAGAGCUCUCUGCAAAUAAUUUUAUUAAAAUAAAGAAAUAAAAUACACUCACAGGAACAGGGCUGGCCUAAGGCCAUUAUGCACCCUGUGCGCCCCCCCCCCCCAAGUUUCCUGUAUACAGUCACACAAAGGCACACAGUCACAAAAACAGUUACAAGCAGACAGUCAGACAUGCUCAGUAACAGGCAGUCACACACACACAGAGUUACAGGCAGACAGUCAGUCACACAUGCUCAGUUACAGGCAAACAGUCACAGAGACAAACACACAGUUACAAGCAGACAGUCACACAGACAGACCCUCACAAGCAAACAGUCACACAUACUCCAUUACAAGCAGUCACACACAUUCAGUUACAGGCAGACACUCACAUACGCUGAUUGGCACACACACUCAGUUAAAGGCAGAUAGUCACACAAAGGCACAGCUAAAGCAACACACAAUUGCAGUCACACACACAGACACAGGCACGCAGUCACAAGGGCAGGCAGUCACAGUGUCUCACACACACACUUACCUCUUUCCAUUAUGGCUGGAAGAGGGAGUGGAAGUAGUUGGUUGUUGAGGAAGCAGGGACUUCUUCCUUCUUCCCAUGCAGCAGUUACCAAGUCCGCAUUAGAAUCCCCUCAUUCCUCCAAACUGCCGGCUAGGGAGAAGGUUAAAGGACCACUUUUUCUUGGCACUAUAGGGUCAUUAGGUCCCCCUCCCGGUGGGCUGAAGGGGUUUAAACCCCUUCAGCCACUUACCUUUCUCCAGCGCCGGGUUCCCUCGGUGUUGGGGAAUUCUCCUCCCUCUGCUGACGUUGACGCAAGUGCAUUUAAACCGCCCAUAGGAAAGCAUUACUCAAUGCUUUCAUAUGGACGUCCAGCGGCUUCUCACUGUGAUUUUCACAGUGAGAAUCGCGGAAGCGCCUCUAGCGGCUGUCAGUGAGACAGCCACUAGAGGCUGGAUUAACCCUCAGUGAAACAUAGCAGUUUCUAUGAAACUGCUAUGUUUUCAGCUGCAGGGUUAAACCUAGAAGGACCUGGCACCCAGACCACUUCAUUGAGCUGAAGUGGUCUGGGUGCAUAUAGUGGUCCUUUAAACAUACUGUGUAAUAAAAGGAAUAUAAAAAAUUUGAUCUCUCUUUACAAGAAGUGUGUAGGGGGACCUGUGUGAGUCUCAAUCAGAGUCGAUGGGACCAGGGAUGCAUAAACAAUGUGAUUUAGUGCCUAAAAAGCAGAUAAUUGAGCAGCGAGACUGCAUGGGGCAUGAUCUAUACAUCAAAUGGCCCUUUAUGGCAGAGGUUGUCAAUUGAAGAUUGGGGCACAUUAAAAACCAGGACACCACGGGCAGAAUUGUAUUUUACUCAUUUUAAUAGGUUUUGAAAGCAAUUAAGAACAAUAAUGGUCUAAAAACAAGCUGGCACAUAUCACAAAGGAAAUAUUAAUCUAUAUAACAAAAUUGCUUACAUGCACAUAUUUCCUUUCUAUAGAAUAUGUCAAAACACAAAGUAGCACUACUGUGGGUUUAAAUACUCAUAUUACCAAUUUAGUUUGAAAUCAUUGGAUAAAAAUCACAUUAAGCACAAACGGCUAUCGGAUAUAUAUGGAAAAAAAUGAUUACUUCAACUGCGUAGAUUUUACAAGUGAUGAAAUAAUGAUUUCAACAUUAUUUGGAUUUUUAAACCACACUUGACUAAAACAAUGAAUCUCCAGCAGAUUACACAAUCAUGAAUUUAUUUUCAUACUUUAUUUAUACUGGGAAAAAGAUUUCAAAGUGAAAUAAAAAUUGUAUCAAACAUUGGAAUAUGGCAUUUAUUAACCCUACAAUGUGCCAAGGUUGUGUUUAAUUAGGUUUUUCUUUCCUCUGGAAAAGCUGAUUUUAAAACAACAAAUACUGUUCAUUACAACACAGAUACAAGAAAGCGUCAUUAUAGGUUUUAUUUUGUAAAGUAAAAUAAAUUUGAUGUAAAAUGAAAUUGUGGAUGGGUCUACUACCAGACAGUUGUUCUUUUGACUGGCUACAGAUAUUUGUAUUGCAGAAUAUGCGAAACAGGUGACCCUUAAAAAUGUGUUUCGUGGGUUAGUUUAUAGAAAAAGCCUUGAAAAAAGGGCAUCUAAACAUAUAGUGGUUGCGUUUGCAAAAUUGUUUGAAAAAAUCUGUAGAGAAUCGCAUUCCCUGAAAGGGCAUGUUCCGGCGGUGUUAGAAAAUGGAUUUAAAUAUUAAAUUAUAGAAAUUUUGGUUUUACUUAAAUGUUUCAAAAUUACUUGAAAUUAUAUGUUUAAAUGACCAUAUUCCCUGAAACAGUUGGUCUAGCAAAAUGGUUCCCCCAUAAGUAUAUAAACGGUCAUUUGAAAGUUACUAUCUCAAAAUAUUUUCAGAUGUGGGGUGUCUAGCAAACCGGAAGCAGACAUCUUUCAAAAUGGGUUCAAUUAUUAUUCUAUACAGAAAUAUAUUACUCACUUUUCAUCUAUUUACAAUUAGGAAUAAAACUACAAAAACUGUGCAAAUUAUGCCACAUAAAUUCAAUAAAAAAAAAAAUUAAAAAAAUAAGAUGUGUGAAGUGGUUAUUUUCACAGAAUAAGGCACUUGUAUUUUGAGUACAUUAAAUAAGUCUUUCUUUUCAUCUAGAGACCAACAUACCUCAAAACUAGAUACAUUUAAUAAAACAUCAGCAAAUAUUGUUAGGAGUGAAUUAAAGUGAUUCCAAACAGGGUUAUUCACUGAAGAAUUGUCAGGAACUGAAAGUGAAUUUAGGGUGAAAUAAUGAAAUUAGAAAGAUAGCCGACUCGUUUUGGAUAAUCGGGGGAAAUAACAUUUUACAUUAAUGUUUGCUUCAACAAUUCACACUUUUGUGUCACUAGAGCAGAUUAAGAAACUGCAAUGAUGGACAAAAAUAUGUAUGGUUUAAAACAGUGAUGAUUAAACUUCGGUUAGGAUAAAUUUAUAGUGAAUAUUAAGAUAAACAACAUGCAUGUAAAAGUUGGGAAAUGUUAUUUUUACUGUUCCACAAUGCCAUUUUAUGUCAAACAGUGGAUAUAGUGAUAUAGCGAUAGUCAAGUCUAAAGUGUGCAUUUUAUUGUCACUGACAUGACGGAAAGUCUAGCUGGAGUCCGACUGGUUGAGGAUCUGAAGUAGCCAGAGUAACGAUUAGAAGCAAAACCUUUAAGACAUUUGAAAAUGAGGUCUUCUUGUAGCCGUCAUUGCUACAUUUUAUUAAAACGUAUGAAUUUUCAACAAAAAAAAGCAAGUCAUAACCUUUACAUAUAUUCCGUAAUGGUAACUACCAAGUUAAGACUUGUGCACCAUCGUGUUUUACCGGUGUAAAUACAUCAAAGGAGGAGCAAGAAAAACGAAUAAAAACACCCAAAUCCUGCUCACAAGAGCACCUCUGAUUGUACCAGAGGCUGUUUAAAAAUAUUAAACGAUCUAUAUUCUCGAGUGAUUGAAUGGUUUGCUGCUUUCUGUACAAAUUGCUCCUUUUGUCAACUAUGUCUCGAAUGUAUUGUCCCGUGCAAACCACUCAAUUUAAUUGUUGGGAGGUAUGCUGGAACACUCAGGGUGCAGUUUUAAUGAACAGUCAUUUAUUCUAACAGAUAAGUGGUCGGGUCGUUUAAAGUCAAAGUGCCAAGUUUUCUGGUCAGAUUUACUUUAAUUUAUUUUUGUGCUUUUUGGAUUUAAGAAUUUCCUCAUUGAUACAUGAAUACUGUGCGGAGCUAGGAGCUAGUAACAAUUCAUAGACAUAGUUCUUGCUAUCAGACCUUUCCAGACCCAACAGGGGUUAUGACCACGUUCAUUAGAACAAAUAAAAAGUUUGCCACAUUUGAUAUUUCCAGAACUGGAGUGAAUUGGUUUUGAACCAUGCGCAGAACUGCCAAAUAGUUUGCCAAGUAAAUGAUUAAACCAAGCCUGGGAUAACGGUUUGGUAGUGUUCCAAUAUAAAGAAGACCUGCACUAAUCUCAGUAAAAGGAAUAGAUUUGACUCUGAUAAAAUAUACGCUGAAUCGGAAUGGUAUUAAAAAGCCUUUUAUAUCGGCAGAGAUGUAGAACCUUUGACACAGAAGCUUGUGUAUGGCUUUUCUGUGAUGCUAAGCCAGGCUUUUAGUACAUUCCCACCUCUGAAAUAUGGAGAGAAAUUUUCAGCUUUUGACAGCAAAAUACAUAAACACUGCCAUCGCUUGCACCUCAACCUCAAUGUCAAAAAUGUGCAUUAUAAGGUUUUACAGAAUUCUGCAUGUUAAACAUUUGAAGGAUAGCAACAUUUUUGUGAUGUUUAAUUAAUUGUGAGUAACUUCUCAUAAGGAAAGCUUCCCUAGAGCACAACACAAAAUGGCUCUAUUUUUACAACUCCCCCUAUCCACCAUCAAAAGGCUGUCUACGCAGCCUCAAACUUGUACCAUAUUGCUAUGGAUGGUAUGAUCCCAAAACAGACUACAGAUGAGAUGUUACUGUACCUUUAACCCCUUAAGGACACAUGACAUGUGUGACAUGUCAUGAUUCCCUUUUAUUCCAGAAGUUUGGUCCUUAAGGGGUUAAGUAAAGAUUCACACAAAGUCACGAAUGGACACAAGGUCAUAGAAGCAGAACAUUCCCCUUGAUUACGAUGCUACGUAAAGGUUACUAUUGCUAUGAAACUUGUAACUUUUCUGGAGUGCUUCUUUUAAAGAGGAGCAAUACAACUACAACUAUAGAUAGAAAAAUACAUAACUUAAUAUAUUAACACUAAUGUCCAUGUUGCUUUAAACUCUUUUGGAAAAUAAAAUAGUCAAAAAUACAAAUGGAACAGUUUUUUUUUUUUUUAUCCCAUUUGUUUGUGCUGGUUUUUCAGUACGGCUACCUAAAGAAUUCACAGUUCCUAAUUCCUUCAUCUCAUUGACGUGGUCUGGGUGCAGUGUCCCUGUCCAUCUUAACCCUUCAACGUAAAACCCCGCAUUUUCAGAAAAACUGCAAUGUUUACAUUAAAUGGUUAAGACUGCCUCUAGUGGCUGUCUACCAGAUUGCUUGAUGAAGACACACAGCCGAAACAUUGCGGUUACAAUCAUUUUAGUGCAUAGGGACACUAUGGCGUUGGGAAUACACUUUUGUAUUCCUAACUAUAUAGUGUUUCUUCAAACCCAGUAUAUAUACUAAAAAAGUACUUACUGGGCUGAAGAGUGCAGCAGAGAAAUAGAACACACACUCCGGGGUCCAGGCGGCAUCACCUCCCUAAGAAGCUUAAAAAGUUACAGAAGUGCUACAUUAGGACAUUCCUUCAUAGUGCGGCAUGUGCCCUGGCACCAUCCAAAGUGCAAUUUUAACCAGAAUUGGCAUAAAAACUGUCCUUGUUGUUUAUUUUUAAUAUAAAAUAGCACAACCCACAUUAAAGCUAAAGUAUUGCUCCCACAUCUAGAUUGCAAAAAAAAAUAGUAUAAAGCAGAAGUAUUCAUAAAGAACCUUAAAAUGAUGCGUAAAAAGAUUGCCACAGAGUACUACGGCUUUAAUCACUGCAAUCAGAUUUCCUUCUGGUAGAAUCAUGAAGCACCCACACCUUGUAGCUUUUCUAAGUAAGAAAGAUAUUCCGCAAGGACUCUUCCUUCUUCCUCUAAAGUCAGGUCCAGAUAAUCCUCUUCGUGCUCCGGGAUAUCAUCCAGAAUUUCCUUGACUGGAUCAAUGUCUGAUUCACCGACACUUGAUGUACUGGUCCCU